AGUUGAAGAUGAAGAGCCUCUCACAUCCAUUUGGACAAGACGACUAGUGCCACUUUUUAAUUUUGAUUGAGGUAAGUUUGCUUGAAAUGUUAGACACACACACUCGGUAACUUGCUUAAGGGAACUUGUUGCUCUGAGCUAUUUUUCUGAAUUGGAGUUGAGUAUUCCCAGGGGACUAUCUCACCCUCUUACCUGCUAACAGACCCUCUUCUCCCUCAUCCCACCACCACAAGUGAAUCGGCUUUUCUUCAACUGACUUAGAGUGCUUGCCAGAACCCAUAUCUAUGCUCUGGCUCUUAGCUUCAGAACUUUCUCUGCAACACAGGAUGAUUUUUAGGAAGAAUGCUCUCUUAAGCUGUGCUUGUUUCAUAUCCAAUAGUCAUCCUGUGUAUUCUGUCGCCUCUAGGGCACAUGGAAAGCCUGGAUUUGUUUAAAUCUUUAAAUACUUGCUGAGCACCCUUCACGUACUUCUCUAAAAAUCAUAGGAAAUAUCUGUAUAUCAGUGUUGAGUGAUAGUAAGGGAGAAAACAGGAAAAACUUAUUCAUGCUACCCUCCCCCCACCUUGAGCCCCUUGAAAGAAAGCUUUAAUAGUUAAUGGUUAAUAACCUACAGUGUAGCAAUACAAUUCAUUGGCAAGACUAUGGUAUUACUUGAGAAGUUUUACUUUCGCUUGCAGUUAAUGUGCUAAGGGGUGAGGAGGGACGACCAUGCUACCAAGUGACAGCUGUAGCUAUCUCUAGGACAAUGCACACUUCCCAAUAAUAAUUAAAUAGUACAGUGGUACCUCGGGUUACAGACGCUUCAGGUUACAGACGCUUCAGGUUAAAGACUCCGCUAACCCAGAAAUAGUACCUUGGGUUAAGAACUUUGCUUCAGGAUGAGAACAGAAAUCGUGCGGCGGCGGCAUGGCAGCAAUGGGAGGCCUCAUUAGCUAAAGUAGUACCUCAGGUUAAGAACAGUUUCAGGUUAAGAACGGACCUCCAGAACAAAUUAAAUUCUUAACCCGAGGUACCACUGUAUUACCAUUUCGUUCAUUCAUUUAUAUGAAUAUUUAUAUACAGUUGACUCCCCGUUUACACGGGGAUACGUUCCGUACCCCCACAUGCAUAUACAAAAGCGCGUAAAAUGGGGGACUCACCAGUAUCAGCUCAGCUGAUGGGUGGGGAAGAAUCUUCUCUGCCCUUCAGCUGUGCCAAUCCAUGGAGCCGUGCCAUUCCUCCACUCAUGUGAGCUGGAGGGACAGCACGGGUCCAUGGACUGGCAUCUGAUGGGUCCACAGAGUCAUGUUGGAGGGACAGCCCAGCUCUCACACAGCUGAUGGGCGUGGUAGGGGCUGCUGCCAUGCUAUCCUGCACACCAGCUGUUAGGUGGAGAGGCCUGCUUGUCCCAGUGCAUGAAGGGGACGCCCUCUUUGGGCUCUGGGAAGGGUCUCCUCGCGAGCCAGGACUCCUCCCCAGGGUGCUCCCCAUUUCCAGGUUCUUGGCACCAUGUGUGUGGUCAGUUGUGCACAAAUAUGGCGUGUGUAAAAGACCUUCUUCUUACAGUCACUUGUUGUUUGUACAACAAGUAGAAACUUAAUAAUACAGACACAAAAUUUAAAAUUACGACGUCAAAGAGCAACGCCAUGAAACGGCAGAACAAUAGCUAACAAAGGCAAUCCUUUCUAACAGCACUGUUGUUCGCGAUGGGGAACUUGUGACCCUCCAGAUAUUGCUGAACUAAAGUUCUCAGCAUCUGUGAGCACUAGCCAUGCUGGCUGGGACUGAUACUGGUUGUCGUCUAACAACAUUGGGAAGAGCCGCAAGUUCCUCCUCUGUUUCAGGUGCUGUGUUGUUAGACAGGGUAUCCAGGUUGUACCUCAAAAUGAUGGUUUGGCUGCUGCCUCCCAGUGCUGUUGGUAUCAUACCACUUUAACAGUUGGGCUUUACCCCAAAGAAUCCUGGGAUCCGUAGUCUGUUAAGAGGUGUUGAGAGUUGACAGGGGAACCUGUAUUGCCCUCACAGAACUACAAUUCCCAGAGCUCUAUGGGAACAAGGAUUGAUCAUGAACAGUAGCUCUAUGAAGGGAAUAGGUGGCAGUGGAAGACAGGAGUGCCUGGCGUGCUCUGGUCCAUGGGGUCACGAAGAGUUGGACACGACUAAACAACACCACCACCACCACCACCACUCGGCACCCUUAACAAACAGUGCAGAUGAGGCCUUAAUAGAUUUAAGUUCCCCUUCCGCAAUGCCCACUCCACCAUCUCUGUAUGGUGGAAAAUUUAUUGGGUUUUCAUUUCCUGAUAAUCGGCUAGUUCCCAAAUAUACACCAUCAUUGUUCUCAAGCCAUAGACAUUUUCACAGUCACCUGACACUUAUUUGAACAAUCAGGAUGUACUUGAUGAAUUGAGCUAUUUGUGUCCCUAAGAGCGGGAAAGCUUGGCAGAAUGGACAGGAAAUAAACCUGCUUUUCAUCUCCUGAGCGGUUUUGCCAUUUACAUGUACAGCUCUCCCCACUGUGUUUCCUCUGUAAAUGGCCCCUCAUGGUUGCUCCCACCCCCACCCCCUUUAUAGAAACCUAUGCUCCUUUGUUUCCAUUUUCCAUCUCUUGUCAUCUUCUGUGAACAGGUUCGGUCUUUCCACCCAUUGUGGAAACCCAGAAAAUGAAAACCUGAAUAGGGCUAACACGUCUGUCACUUUCAGCAACGUAAACUCUUCUCACACAGGAAACGAAUUUACAAUAAAGCCGAAUGAAAAUGGCAGCCCAAAAUUCUUCCUGUUAUUUAGGGGCAGAAAAAGGAGGGUUUUUGUGUCUCGUUUUGCCAAAUAUUAUCCAGAGGGAGGAGAAUUUCUUCAGCAGUUUCUUGGAGAUGGGGAUUAACAUGAACACUGGCAGCAGAAACAACACAGCUUGUUGCUUCCUCCCCCCCCCCCUUAGAGAGUUUUCCAUUUUUCAUGGUGGGCUAUUUUGUUUUGGUUUUAUUGCUGCUACUCUUUGUAUUGUCUGUGGUGGCGGCUGAAACUGUGGCAGGAUUUUGUAUUCUUCCCAAUGCCCUGGAAUUAGUAUCGUUAUGAGGUAUUGUGGGUAAAAAAUGGCAGCAGCCAAACAAAGAAGGAGAAAGAGACUAUUCAGCGAAAUGGCUCUCAUUACUAGACAAGGGUGAGCUGAAUAAAAUUAUCUGAUUCCCACCCUCUAAAAAAACCCCUCUCCUGAGGAAUACAGGCUCGGCCCUACUUUUAAAGUAUGAUACGUGACUCACUGUGCCUGUUCCACUGACUUAUUAGUAUUUGAGGGAGCUAAAAGUGUCAGAAUAGUUCUUCAAGAGCAAAAGAAGAAAAAGCACUUCUGUAUAGGAAGGAGAAGAAAAAUGAUACCUCACAUAUGGGUUCUAGAAAAACCUUGUAACCUCCCAACCACAUUGUAAUUUAAACUGUAUGUACUGCCCAUGUGUAAAUUUCUACACAGAAUUCUUUGCUUGUAGAUAGUUACUUGGUUUUCCAGGCCAGCCCUUGGCAUUUUGCUGCCUGAGGUGAAGGACAAGAUGGUGCCCUCACAUUCCACAUACAAAAUCUGACCAGGUGGGCAGUUGACUCUGCUUUAGUGCUGAUGAUGGGAAAAUAUCCUCCACUGCACCUGAGGGCAGCAAAUGAGGGUAGGAGAUGCAGAACAGGCUAGCUUGGGGGGCUCAGGGGGAAUGGGGGCAGUGUUGACACUCUAUUGACACCUCCAGCAUCUGCUACCUGAGACAGCUGCCUCACUCUGCCUAAUGGUAGGGCCAGCCCUGGCGCUGUGUGAAGCAUCCCUAGAAAGAGGUUUGUAGUCCUUCUUUCCUUUCCAAUUAGUCCUUGAAUAGUCUCUGCCCUGACAUCUAAUGUUUUACAGCUCUGGGAAUGUAAUGAUUUGUGGAGACCUCCCUGUCUAAUUCCUGGUUAUAUACUGUUGGGCCUGUCAUUACUCGAGGUGUAUUACUGAUUGCCGCUGCAGCUGGAAUGUAUAUCUACCCACGUCUGUGUUUGGGGUGUUUAUCUGAUCUUGGAGCUGCUCCUGCUAUUACUUGUCAGCAUUGUUUAUGAAGCCUGGUGGAAUUAAAUGUUAUUGAUUACAAGGCCAGGAGUAACUGCGAGAUCAGCAAGUGGAAAUUUAGGUAGAGAUUUGUCAAAGGAUGGGACUGCAGCAGCUAAAACUUUUAAUUGGCUGUGCCAGGAAUCUUUCCCACUAAGGCCAGCCAUCAUGUGUUCCAUUUUUGUGUGCAAGAAUAAUGACCAAGCACUGGGAUUGUUUUCUCUACCCCACCCCCCACCCCGAAAAUGCUUUGCGUGUCAAUCUUUUGUAUGAUUCAAAUGGGCAAAUCUGUCAAUUUUGGUUUCUCUUUUUCCCAUUAAUGAGGGCAGUUAUUCACAUUUCCACCUCAGUUUGCAUUUGACUAUAAGUGUGUGAGUUCCACAUGAAUAUUCAUCAACAUUUUUGUUUGAAUUUCUCCCAGUGUACGUGCUUGCAUUCAGUUUUGCCUAAUAUAAAGCAAUCUCCCCUAAAAUAGUGCAUCUGUGUAUGUUAUUUUCAUGAAUAUAUGCAUUUUUAUGGAUACUUUACGGCACUAUGUGCAUUUUUUUUAACCCAUUACUUGGGAGGAGAACUGCAUUGCAAAAUUCAGAGAUGUGUACAGUACAUAGAAUUGUACAGUUGGAAGGGACCCUUCCACGAUUAUUAAAUCAAGAACUGAUGGAAAAAGAAUUUCCUCCCAAAUCAGAUUGCUUCCCCCUCCCCUUCAGUGUGUGCUGUGUCUUGUUUCUUCAUUUUAUAACGCAGAUGUGCAUUUACUCUAGCUGUCCAAUGGUUGUGCAGGACAGUGGCCCCUAUAGGAAGGAAAGCAGACCCCAAUUUCCUAUCACAAUGUCUCAUCAAAACUGCUGUUCCAUGUGCAAUUGUUUCUUUUUACUUUCCAUCAAUACUGGCCCGUAUUGGUUAAAAAGCACUUCAGAAGGUGAGGAGGAAAUUAAGAAUGCUAGGAAGGAAUUCAUUUUCAGUGGUACAGAGGCACUAAUGUGGUUUUCCCAUGGAAAGGGGGGGGGGAGCUUCUGCUUGUUGGUUUUAUGGGCAUCAGUGAUCUGACUUUUGACUGAAAAUUCUUUAACACUCAGGAACUGGUGCUGACUUUCUUUCUCCUUUUUAAAGCUAGCAUGUUGGCAGGUCGCCUGGUCUCCCCUGACACCCAGGUCCCACAGAUCUGUUUGCAUCCCAUGUGCCAAAUGCCUAAAAAAAGGAGCCAAUCAAAUCACGCCUGUCUAAUGCAUUAAUGAAUCUCCUUAUGUGCUGCUUGCAAGCUUAAUUCCUUAGCAUGUGGUAAUGGUGCUUUCGUAUCUAGCAAAACAAAUCCAAGGAAGGGUCCAGAGGGGCAGGGGCAAAUGAUGUUUUGUGGAGUGCAGAACCCCAACAUUAGACCUGCCUCACUGUGGAAAUUCUGAAGCAAUUCCCCCAAGUGUUAAUUCGGGGCAUCUAGUUGAGAAUGGAGGUAGGUUGCUUUUCUUUCUGUCGUUGUUGCAGCAAAUGUUCCCUUUGCUUUGUGGUUUCUGCCAUUUGCCAAGUAGCUUUCAGCUGAUUUGGGGGAAGCAGAGCUGAAUAGGAUUUAUUUACUGCUCUAAAGUGAGCUGUUUCUUAGGGGACUCUAAGUGUUGUAAAAGCUAGUAGCCUGCUGGGCAGAAUGCACUCAAAAUGCACAGCAAUGCAUUGCUACGAUCUGUUCUGCAAUGGCACUGAAAAAGUGUGGAGGUAGUAAAUUUAAACAUCUCAGAGUUAAAAGGAUCACUUUCUUUGUGGCAAGUAUAGGAAAGUGGGCAGUUGAGGUUAGUGAGAAGCCAGUCACAGUUCAGAUAAGUUGCUCUAGUCAAGAACGUCUCUCUCUCUAUGCCUGCCUUCCCUAUCCUGGAGUAUGUCUCUUUCUUGUGCUUCUCAGUUUGAACCAAAUUUACCAAAGGAGUCAUGAAUAAAGACACUUUAAAAUACUGCAAUCAAUUAAGAAAAAACCCCAGAUGGCAGUAGGCUGGAAGACUAAAACAACAAUAAUGUAACAAUUAAACCAACCAGUGUGCUGAGUUCUCAUCAUAUUGCUGUUUGCCACCGAAGGUCUUAACUUGGCAUCUAAAACUGAAGUUAAAAAGGCACCAGGUGAACCUCUCUGUGAAGGCAAUUCCAGAAGCUAAGGACCACCACUGGAAAGCCCAUCUCCAUGGCUGCCACCCACUUGCCUCAUUUCUGAAGGUGGAAGCAGCUGGAGAAGAACACCUCACCACAAUCUGAUCUUGUGGACAGGAUUGGAUGGGAGAAGGUUGCCCUUCAGAUCAGUUUAAGAAAUUUAGAAGUAGAAUUCAAUUAAGUGUGGUUACACUGAUCAGAGAUGCCCCCUCUUUUUAUUUUUUAAACACACACAGUUUUAUAUUAAUGGGCCAGAUUUAAGACAACUCUGCUGAUCUCUGAGGUCGGGCAUUCUGGCCUCUCUCCUUGUUCCUUGGCAUUUAAACUGUGCUAAUCUUUUUUUUUUUUCAUUCCACACAUAGCAGAGUUAUUUUGCCAUUGAAUAUAUUACCGAUUAUGUGAGCAGACUGUUUGCUCUCCAGGUCCUGACCUGGCCAUACAUUGCUUGUGAUUAUGUAUUUUAGUCUUCCUGGUCUUGAAUACUGUUCUCUUUUUGUAGCACAGGGCACCCAUUCCUUCUGCAUAUGAAUGAUGCUAAUUAGUAUAUUAACCUUUUGCUUUAUGCUGACUUGCUUGCUUUUGUAUGGAAAGGGGGGUUUCUCAGUCUUUGGGUCAUGACCUGUAAUGACACGAAGUAUUUUCUUUGCUAGUGCUGUUGAUUUGGGUCAUGACAAGCCCAGCAGAGUUUAUAUACAGGCCUUUGACUCCAAAUGAGUCUGAAUAGUCUUGAUGCUUUCCCCUUUAAAAUAUAUUGAAGCUGCCGUAUAUUUUUAAAUGGAAUGCUCUAUCACAAGAGACCAGGGCCCUGCGGGAUCUGACAUCUUUCUGCAGGGCCUGCAAGACGGAGCUGUUCCGCCAGGCCUUUGGCCGGGUGGGGUCCAGUCUGACCCCCUUCCUUCUUCCUUCUUCCCUCUUUCUGUGGGUCCCUGUAUGUAAGUGGCCUUUUGGCUCCUUCUAUUGGCCCACAUGGGACCAGCACGGGUGGCCAGGCCUGGUGAACAUUUAAUAUUCCUUACCCUACAGUUGUGAUUCGUGGGUUCCCACCUAAUUUUAUUUUGAUUUUAAAUGUGAUUUUGAACUGUAUUUUAAUCAGUCGUUUGAUUUUGUGUUUUUAAUGUAUUAUAUAUUUGGUGUUAGCCGCCCUGAGCCCGGUCUUGGCUGGGGAGGGCAGGGUAUAAAUACAAUUAAUUUAUUAUUAUUAUUAUUAUUAUUAUUAUUAUUAUUAUUAUUAAUGAAAAGCUCUGUGUGAAUUAUGUGAGGAUGUGCCCUUCAUCACACAUAUACCAUACACACAUAGAUUUUUAGGAAGAGAUCUUGGUGGAGAUCUCUUGCUGUAGGAAAUGAAUGGAUGCUUAGGGACCUGUCUAAUUCUAAGUUGGACCAUUGGUCCAUCUCAGUAUUGCUUAUACUGGCUUUUAGCUGGUCUCCAGUGUUUCAGGCAUGAGUCUUCCUUACCCUACCUGGAGAUGCAAGUGAUUGAACCUGGAUCCUUCUGUUGACCUACGACCCUUCCCGUGCCAGUUUAUAUUACAGUGGAGCUAAUGAGGACCUGUCAUUCCAGAGGGGCUUACAACAAUUUCAGUAAAAUUAUCAGGAAGUACACAGUGUAAUCAUUAGACACCUUCCCCCACCCCCUUGCUGUAUUGGACCAUCCAUAGGGAGCCAUAUAUCUGGUUUUUGAAACAUAAUAAUUUGUUCUAGCUUUAGUAAUAUUUCUUUUUGUGAGUUUCUAUGUAAAUAAUAAAAACCUUAAUAUAUAUAAGUCUAUAUAUCCAAAGGAAUAGUUCAUGAAUAUUAUAGAAUGGUAGAAUGGCUAGGCACUGAAUGUCCAGGGCUCAACCUGUUCACUCUGAGCCUUAAGACUCUCCUGCUUAGCGAGGAGUUAAUCUCUGAUCCUAAGCCAUAGGAAGUGAAAGCUGUGUAGGAAGUUGGCUGCUGAGUCCAAGAGGAGAGUUGCACCUCUUCUCCUCCUUUAUGGAUUAGCAUUGACUGCAACAGCAGCCAGUCUUUUCUGUCUAAUUAUCCUUGAGGAGGUUGAGGCUCAGGUCCUUGGCCAAUGCUGGCGGCUGGACAGCUCUAGAUACCUCCCCUUCUUUCCUUCUGCACUGUUCUGACGUUCUGGCCCUGCAUGCGGAUUGGAUAGAAAAAUUCUAGCCCAUAAUGCUAGUCUCCCCCAAUACCUUAAUUUAAGAGAAGACAAGUUUCUUUUUCAAGUUACUUUUCCUUCUUACUAAGAAGAAAUCACCGGCAUCCCUUGAUUUUUCUCAGGAUAUAACGAAAAAGCAUUAAGUGCUGCUCAUGUUCCUCUUGCAAUCAGGCAGCAGCAUCUACUCAGAGUGAUAUGAAGGAGCCUGCCAAAGGCCAUCAAAAGUGUGUUUUAUUUUGUUAAAGCAGUUUGCCUUUCUAAUGUUUCGCAAAGCUUUGUAGCCCUAAAGCUGCUCAACUACUUCAGGGUGGAUUGUUGCUGAACGAAACUUGGGUCCAAUAAAAUGAAGGAUUGCUGCUGCCUUGAAGAAUUAAAAUAUCAAAGCUUCCCUACUAUUAAUUCUGCUGAGGAAUACAUCGUGGGGCUUGAUGCCUGUGUAUUUUGCAAAAUCCACACCUUCCAUCCCUGACUUCCUCUCACUCUAGCCACAUUAUGGUCCCAUGUAGCAUUCUUAAGAGAGCCAGUAAAACAGGUAAGAGAGCUGGGCCUGCUUCUGGCUCCCAUAAUUCAAGCACAGCCAACUUGGCUUUCUCUCCUACAAAUUCUUCUUAUUCAAAAUACUUUCUACUGUUUGCUCAGACUUUAAGAUAUUCAUCUGAAGCAUUGCUUUCUGACCUUCCAGUGAGAACUGUUAAAUUGGCAAGGCCAGGCUUUUGUGGCGGUGGCUGCAAACCUUUGGAACUCAUUUCCUAGGGAAACAUGCAUGGUUUCAUCGCUGCUAGCUUUUAAGGAAACUCUUAAUUCAAUCUGCAUUUGGUUAAUUUUUAACAUGUUGUGCUUUUAAAACAGUUUAUUGAUGCUGCUCAUAAAUUGACGGGAUUGAUGGGGGUAGGUUGUUGUUGUUUAUUGUGUUGUAUUUUAUUUUUUUGUAAAUUGCCGCGGGACUGCAGUGAGCCCUGAAACAUGGGUUAGAAAUCUUUUAAAUCUUUUUCCUUCCUUUUUUGCCGUGAGACACCAGUUUGCCCUGAUUAUAGCUUCUUAAAGAACAGAGAAGGAGAGUAACAUUUAAGGAAGUGGAACAUGUAAUGACAGAGGCAUCUUAUUAUUAUUUCUAUCCCUCUAUCAUCUCUGAACACAGAUUUUUCAGGGUUUUGGAAUACAGUACAAUGCAAACCUGUGGGAUGUGUGUGCAUGCCAUGGGCAUGGAAUGGAGCGGCCUCUCCUGUAUAGCUCCUUCAGCUCUCUGCAAUCUCUCUGCAAAAAAUAAAAUAAAAUACACACACACACACACACACACACACACACACACCCCCACCCACCAUGCCAAGUAAAAGUUGAUUGUAAUGCAUGUACAAUGUGUAAUCUUCCUUUUCUCCCUUUUUUUCUGCCUACAACAAUAUCCCCUAGUUAAAGUUUGGAACUCUUGGUACUAUUACAGUUACAAAUAAUAUUCUGCAAGUGUAUAUCACUUGCAGACUUCAAGCCUAAAUUCAAGACAAGAGCAUGUCUCUUGCCUUAAAUUUGUUAUUAGUGGAGGAAAGCCAUUUCAUGUUUCAAUGUAAUAAAGUGCUAUAUAAAUGACUGUUUUAGGCCAAAUCCUUGCAGCCACUCUAAAAAAUUCAUGUGGGAGUCCAUUUUAAAAAAUGUUUUAUUCACAGUCCCAUCUUAACCCUGUUUAGAGCCCAUUAAGAGCUUAUGUUUUCUUGCCCUCAUCUUUUCCUCAGCCGAAGGAGCUUCAUCUGGAGCUCUGGGCCAAAGUCAAAGUAUACUGUUAAGCCACAAGAAGCCUAGUGAGGCUAUCUUCAGAUCACAUGGUUCUUAUGCACGUAAGCAGUUCAUAAAGGUAUAGCUGGAGGAGGAUGCAUGGGUUUAUUUUACAAGCCCCCGAGUACAGCAUUCCAGAAAUUAGCUCCUACCACUGAGUUUCCCAUACUGCAUUUCUGCUGUUUAGUUUUCGGUCAAAGCUCCACAUGGAAUAAGCACGACAAGCACAUUCUGUCACUAGCAAAAGCCACCUAUACCAGGCUUCCUCAACCUCGGCCCUCCAGAUGUUUUGAGACUACAGUUCCCAUCAUCCCUGACCAUUGGUCCUGCUAGCUAGGGAUCAUGGGAGUUGUAGGCCAAAAACAUCUGGAGGGCCGAUGUUGAGGAAGCCUGACUAUACAUUAAAAAUUCCCAUUAACCUCCUCUUUUGUCCCUAUGGCUCAGGUAUUUGUUGUAGCUCAGGAGGCUUUCAAACGAUGAAUUGACUUUAGCUAUUUGCCUUAAUUCCUGAGCUGCUACAGCCGUGUCUAUUUACACUCCUGAGGGGGUCUCUUUAAUACUCAGGAUGCUUUCCCCCCCAGAGCCAAUUAUUUGGCUCCUGGAGUAUCUCCCUCUACCACUUAUAAAUUCUUGAUUAAGAAUCAAUGCCUCCUUCUUGGGAGAAUGCACGAUUAAUGCUAGAGUUGCCUAACAAGUGGAAGAACAAGUCUUCUGGAAGAAUCAGCAUGUAUUCUGCAAAAGGAAGUCUUGCCGCAUUCACUUAUUAGUGAGCUGGAAUUAUCAGCAUUAGUUCAAUGAAGGUCUUGUUCACUUUGACAUCCAUGAAUGACAUCUGCGCCAGCAGCUGCUAACACCAGUUCAUGGUGGUUCUUAAGAAGAGCCUGCUGGAUCAGGCCAUUGGCCCGUCUAGUCCAGCAUCCUGUUCCCACAGUGGCCAACCAGAUGCUUGUGAGAAACCCACAAGCAGGACCUGAGCACAAAAGUACUCUCCUUUCCUGUUAUUUCCAGGCGCUGGUAUUCAGAAGCAUUACCAUCUCUGACUACAGAGGCAGAGCAUAGUUAUCAUGGCCAGUAGCCACAGAGAGCCCUCUGCUCCAUGAAUUUGCCUAAUCCUCUUUUAAAGCCAUCCAAGUUGGUGGCCGCCAUUGCCUCCUGCCAUGCCUUGCAAACAAAGAAAGAAAGAGAGCCAAUGGUUUUAAUUUCACUCAACGUUGUAAUUAACAUUUAGGUCACAAAGCUUGAACAAACUCCAUUUGGGAUUAAUUUAGGCCACAUCCACACCAUACAUUUAAAAGAACUAUUAUACAGUGGUACCUAGGGUACUUAAUUUGUUCUGGAGGUCUGUUCUUAACCUGAAACUGUUCUUAACCUGAGGUACCACUUUAGCUAAUGGGGUCUCCCGCUGCCGCCGUGCCCCCACCACACCAUUUCUGUUCUCAUCCUGAAGCAAAGUUCUUAACCCAAGGUACUAUUUCUGGGUUAGCAGAGUCUGUAACCUGAAGCGCAUGUAACCCAAGGUACCACUGUACCAUUUUGACCAUCCCAAACAUCCUAGGAACUGUUAAGUAUGCUGAGAACUGUUAAGAGACCUUUAUUGCCAUCAUAGAGCUACAAUUUUUGGAGUUCAUUGGGUUCAUUGUUUAUUGAACCACUCUUGGUAUUGUAGCUCUAUGCUGGGAUGAGUGGCCUCCUUAACAGCUCUCAUCACCAUUAGCAGACUACAAUUCCCAGGAUGUUUUGGGGGAGCUAUAAGUGUUAAAGUGGCAUCAUAGUGCUUUUAAAUGUAAGGGGGAGUUGUGGCCUCAAAAUAAGAAGCAGAAGCAGAAUUGGAACGGAUUAACCAAUCUGGCGCUACCUCUCAUGGUUUAUAAAUGGACUGUGGCUACUUCUCCCACAGCAAAAAUAAUAUGCAAUAUUCAUGCUUUGAUUCUCCAGGACAUACCAAUUAUAUUUGGAUUGCAUGUUCUAUCCAUGCUUUACACUCCAGCUGUCAGAAUGUAGUGUUUGCCGGUGCUCUGUGCCUGUGGGCAGAUAAUAUAUAUAUAUAUAUAUAUAUAUAUAUAUAUAUAUAUAACAAGCCCUGAAACUUCCUAAUACUGUAGGACAAUUCUGCUUGUGAGGGGGGGAGGGGGAAGGAAAUGAAAAACAGCAUGGGGAGUUUUUGCAAAUGAGUGACUAUCAUGUAAUCAUCUUUCCUAGAAUCUUGCUUCUAUCAGUAGUUUAUUUCAUUUCUCUUUAGCACUGUAGGCUACUUUAGAAGUCAGCAUGCUCUUGCAGCUAGGACUGCAGAGUUUGCCUUCUGUGUCUCUGCAGGACCCUGUUCAGAUUUUUGGUGGUGAAUUAUUAAUCCCCUUCUGUUGCUCUAGGUCGGGUAGUAAGUGGCAGUUCUGUAUGAAAAGUGGCCCUCUUUGUUGGGCUCUAAUUAAUGCUUAUGUAAUCUCCCUCUCUCUCCCCCCCUCAUCUCUCUUGUGUGUGUGUGCACGUCCUUCCUGGGUGCAGUUUGAAUGGUGCAAUCCUGUGCAGUGAGAUUCCUUUUUUGCAGUGCACAAACUUGAAAUUAAAUAAACACAGGAAUGGUUUCAAAGUGUGAGGAAAAAAGAAAGUAGACUGGUAAGUCAGUUAUGGUAGUUUCUGGAUGACCUGUUUGUUGAGCAUUCACCAUGAUUUGUCUGCACAAAGUUUGCAGGAAGGUUAGAUGUGCAGGCUAUUUAUUGGCCAUCGGUUCUGAUUUAUUUGGAGGAUGUGUAUACAUUGCAUACAUUGCAUUGAACAAAUGUUAUUCCAUCCCACACUUUCCAGUGUAUCUGUCACUUUACUUUUCACUUUACCUUUACCCUGUACAGUGUUUUUUUGUUGGCUGGGGGCAGGUUUAUUGCACAAGAAAUGUGAUUCUAUCCCACCCCAAAAUAGUGGCAGUCUGGGAUCAAAAUAUGUUUGCUGGAGAAGUAGUAGAACAGUUAUGGAUUCACCUGAAAAGAAGCCUUUUUUUUCAGCUGGAGCUCACCAGAGCUCAGUUCUGGUACCUCUCAGGUGGGCACCGCUGCCAUUCUAAGACAAGGGAAAAGUUCACAAUGAGCUAUAGCACCUCUUUCUCUAGAAAAAUAACACUGAGUGGAAGCAUCCUCAUUAAUCACUUGAUGGUGCCUACCUCACAAGGUUGUUUUGAGGAUAUAUGGCAUAAGAGUUGCAAGGCAAUUUGAACCCUCAACUGUAUUAUUCCUUCAUGAAGGAAAACCCAAUUUAGGGAAGGGUGUAACACGGAUAUUAUAUCCUGCCAUCAACAGAAGUUUGUUUUCUCCUCUCAUUCAUAAAUAGAGCUUUCAAAACAUGUGUGUGCGGGUGUGGGGAUGUUUGCUGUUUUGUGAAUGCUUAUCGGAUCUGGUUACAGGCGUGUAGAAUCCCAGAAUAUCCAACCCUUUUCCAUUGUUGUUUGAAACCUGUGGCUUCCUAAUUGUCUGAUUGCAGUCAAGGUCACUCAGUCAAACAGCCAGGGAGACGCCUACCAGGAAAAUCUCUUCCUCACUCCUGCAUCUUAAUACUUCUUUGAAGAAGUUGUUGCUAUGCAGCCUUGUUUGUUCACGGUAUGUGACACUGUUUGCCUGCUCUGUAUGUAUAACUUGUUAAGGGUGAGUCAAGGGUUGGCCUGAGACAGAGAUCCCUGCAGCUUUCCAAAACUGCCAUCUGACCUACAGGUGAAGGCAAGAUCGCUAAGGGGGAAGACCCUCACAGCCAAGUUCUGCGGCUGUCCCAAGAGAUGGCAAAUUUAAAAAUGUGAGGAUCUGGUUCCUGAAGUAUAGAGGAGUUUGCAAAGCAGGUGAGUGACCAGAACGGCAUUCUCUUCUGGCUGCUCUCUGAGGACUAGGCUGUCCCUUAGAAGGCUGUUUACAUUGACUGUGCAGGAAAUACAUGAGUCGGUUGCACAGUAUUCUGCUAGGGAGUUUGUUAUGUAACUGUCAUGUCAUUUGUUGUUCAUCCUUGAAUUAGAGAGGUAUAUUUUGCUUCAAACCACUGUAGAACUCCCCAGAAUUGAGGGUCAGUGCAAAUAUUAUGAGGAGAAGGGGGGGGGGACUCCAGAGAAGGUUUCCUACCAGCUGAAGCCCCAGUGAUUGUCAACCAACCCUUGGAGAACUGAGAACAGGCUGUUCAAGUGACUUUUGUCCAAAAUAUGACAGGGGUGUUCAAAUGUGAUGAGGAAAAUGUGAGGGGAAGGAGCUACUUGACUGGUUUGCCUACCUUUAAUUAAAUAUAUAUAUAUAUCAAGGAGGAGUGAGGAGAAGAACCAGAGAACUACAUUUACCUCAGUGAAAGUGAGGUAAAGUUGCAAGAAAACAACACCAUUCAUUCCUCAACCCUUCAACAAAGCCACACAGAGUUGUAUACAUGGUCUCUGCUUUAUCUUCACAGCAACCCUGUGAGGUAGGUUAAGCAGAGAGGCAGACAAGAGAAAGAGAGUAUACUCUAUCAACCUACCACACUGUAGCCAUUGUGCCUUUUUGGAGGUGAGUGACAAAAGGUGCCGCAAGUACUGCUGUAUGAUUGUAGGCAUUUCUUGCACAAUGUUGAGUGAGCUGCAUGGAAACUUAAUUCCACCAUUAAGGAUGAGCCUACACGGCCUGUCAAGUAGCCCGAACUGUACAAUUUUUGACAGGCUUUGGAAUUGUGAUGUACCAUUUCUGGACAGGCUUUGGAAUUGUGAAGGAAAAAACAAUCCAGUCGGGGCAUUUUGGCACUGUGGUCUAAACCACUGAGCCUCUUGGGCCUGCUGAUCAGAAGGUCAGGGGUUCGAAUCUCCGCAACGGGGUGAGCUCCCGUUGCUCUGUCCUAGCUUCUACCAACCUAGCAGUUCAAAAACACACCAAUGCAAGUAGAUAAACAGGUACCGCUGUGGCAGGAAGGUAAACGGCAUUUCCGUGUGCUCUGGUUUCCGUCAUGCUGCACCAGAAGUGGUUUAGUCAUGCUGGCCACAUUUUGCGGACAAACGCCAGCUCCCUCGGCCUGAAAAGUGAGAUGAGUGGCUCACCCCAUAGUCGCCUUUGAUGGGACUUAACCGUCCAGGGGUUCUUUACCUUUUACUUUUUGUGGUUAGUUAGCAUAAGACAGAUGAACACACAUGCAGAGUAAUGGUGGUUCCAUUUGUUGUGUUCUAUGCAUUUGUUUUCUGUGAAUAGUGUGCUCUUGUGAACCCAAUGGCCACUCACCGCUUUACCCGGGGGGCGGGCGGUUGCGGCCCCUUGCUUUCUGCCUCCUUCCCCGGCAGCCAGAAUACACAAGUGAAAUUGAGGGAUGGUUUUCCCGCCAAAAUGGUCUGCUUCAAACGGCCAAUCCGAGGCUCCUCCUGUGCCUUUCUCACAUACCAUACAUGCUGCAUUGCAGUUUGGGGUCCACCCCUUUCUAGGAGACAUGGCGGUGGCUGGGGUUAUUUUACAGGGUGUAUUUGGCAAGAGUGCAUGUGUUUGUGUCUCAGGUACUGCAUAUACCUCCCCCCCCUCCCGAGCAGAACCUAAAGCUGUCUCAGCUGAAAUGGUCUGUCCUAGCUGUGCAGCGUCAGUGGAGCUGUCACUGUCUUAGUUAGAUGAGCUGAGGGUGAGGUGGCAAUCCUGGGCAGACUCUUUCAAAAGAGGACAGUGUUAUCUUCACAGAAGAAGGAGUUUUGCACAUGUCUGAACCCUUCUAUUGGAAAUGUGUGUCUCUAGAAAAGGGAAUUCUACACAUGCUUGGGAGCACUCAGUCCAAGGUAGCAAAAUUCUUUUAAAAAAGUUGACAACCUCAGCUCUGGGCGAGACACCCCCGACUUCAAUUCUAGCAUCCCAGAUUCAGGCACAUUAGCAAGAUAUGUUCAGUGACAAUAAUUCACUGAGAGUUAAUAAGUAGACAAUUCCACUUUUCAGGUUAUAAUACAGCUCAGCUCAUGCUUCUUUGGGGUACCAGAAACAGGAAGCACAGGUCUCCGUACACAUUCAGCCCCAACUGAAGCCUUUAUUUAUUUGAAUCUCCUUCAACUGAGUGAAAAUAAAGCUUGGCCCUUGAACCCCUAACCAGUGGUACCUUGGGUUACAAACACCUUGGGUUACAAACACUUCGGGUUACAGACUCCACUAACCCGGAAGCAGAACUUUACCUGAGGAUGAGAACAGAAAUUGCAUGCCGGUGGCGCAGCAGCAGCAGAAGGCCCCAUUAGCUAAAGUGGUACCUCAGGUUAAGAACACUUUCAGGUUAAGAAUGGAUCUCAGGAACGAAUUAAGUUCAUAACCAGAGGUACCACUAUAGUAAUUGCUCAACAGUUCCUGUUAAAUGGUUCAGAAAUUUCCCAAAAUGGGUACCCAUGACUACUCAAGCAGUAACUAUGGAGCCGUCAAAGAGCAAUGGCUUUUUGAUGGCCGUUUAAUUAAAAGUGUAAUUUUAAGUACUUUAUAGGGAAAGGGGAAAGCAAAUUCUGAAUUUGAAGCUUUAAAAAAAUAAAUCUGGAUGUUUACUCAGUAUGCCUCAUGUUACUGAUUGAGAAAAGGUUUUUCAAAGACUUCCUAGCUAUUCAUGUAAAUCUGUUUUAUUGACAGGAACAGCCUUCAUUAUGCUGUUUUGGAAGCAAGCUGAAAUAUUUCCUGUUUCAGCAGGCCUAUCGAGACACAGAAGAAUAGAAUCAUUGUAGCAUUGUAGGGACUCCAAGGGUCAUCUAGUCCAACCCCCUGCAGUGCAGGAAUCCUUUGCCUAAUGUGGGUCUGUAACUUCCUGUUGAAGCAACAACUGCUUUUUAUACCACAAAUGCUCUGGCUUACUUUUGUCCCACUUUUGUCCUACAUCACUCUUCCUGACAGCAAUAAUAUAGCAACCUUGAGGGAGCAUUGCAGAACAAGCAUUGUAUGCAGGGGGGUUGGACUAGAUGACCCUCAGGGUCCCUUCCAACUCUACAAUUAUAUGAUUCUAUGAGCAAACUAAAGCAGAAUAAAUUUGCCACUAAUGCACUAUUGAUGUGUCAAGAACGUUGCAGGAAAACACCAGGAGGGGUCCUCUGUUUCCUCUUUGUUGAACGUUAGGACUGUAAGCUUUCCUAGGCAAGCACCAAUCUUGUACUUAGUAAUGAAUUAUGCACAGUGAGGGAACUAUAUCAAUCAAUAAAAAUUAGUGACUGGAGUGGGGAGCAGAGAGAGAAUUCUAAGGUGUCAUUGAGUAGAUGGAUCUUGGUCACCUUUGUACGCAGAUGGCAAAUCCCAAGACUGUGCAAGAGCUAGUUUGCUGAAGUGUCAUUUGCCUCUCCUUGACAAAUGGGUACAGCUUCAAGAAGCAGAGCUCUGCAAAAGCACAACUGGUGGGAACAACGAAUGCUCAACACUGGCUCCUCCUGGCUUUUGAGAAUUCCUGAGAAUGUUUUCAGCGAUGCCAUCCUCCUGUCAUUGACAAGCAAUUUCAGGGACUCUCAGCUCCUCUAAGGGAUAUGAGGCGGGCACUCCCUUAGCUCAUUAUUAGAGAUGUUUGCUGGUUACUCUCUUCCCUCUCUAGAGAGGAAUCCUUUUCUUGCUGUUACUUCGGGAGAUGCUGUCUCAUCUCUGACUCGGCAAGAGGAAACUUGCCGGAGGAUGUAGAGAAGCUUCUUGGUGCUUGCAAAGACGGUUUUGCCCUGAAAGUGUCAACAGGCAGGUAAGGAUCUCAUCCAUCUUGCAGAUAGCGUCAGGUGUGGUGCGAAAGAGUCGAAGUGACCCAAGAGUUGCAGCCUCCUAUUUGGUGGCAUGUGGAACUAUAGAAUUAUCUGAGUCAUUUAGCAUUGCCAGCUUUGGCUUCCAUGCCUUGUAGCAUCUGUUUGUUUGCAGACAGUAGCAUCUCAUAAGGCUUUAAUCUGCUCAAGAAAUUGGAAUGACUCUGGAGGGUUUCUGGUUAGCUGUGGUUACCCUAUAGUAAUUUCUUCCGGCCUUAUGAUCUGUUUGGACUAAAUCUCCCUUCAGUUCCUGACACCCAGCAGUCAGAUAAGGAUCUGAAGAGGCGGAGGCAGGUGAAUCUUUGGUGAAGUUCCAAAAUGGGUGGAUAAUGUGGGGACAAGAUACAUAUCCCCAAGGACCAGUUGCUCAAGUUCAGGAACCAUGGCUGGAGCAGCAGUUAGAUCGAGGCAGCCAAGUCCCCUGGUCCAACUGGGUUGAUGAAUGGCCAUAGUAGCCCCUGAUGAGCUGCAGGGAGCAAGGCAUUGGACCCUGCCCCCGGAGUCCCCAGCUCAUGGGGUGCCUUAGCAAUGACAUAGUGGAGGCCACCAUUCAUUUACCCUGCAAUAGCAUGUCCUGCACGGGCUGCUAAAAUAUAAGAAUGUUAAAAAGAAUGCCCAGUCUCACAAUGGAUCUGAUUGUAAGUCUUUCAAAAGAGCUGUAACUGGAGAACAUUCAGCCGUGUGUACUAUCCAGAUAAUACGUGUCCAGAGUAUACUAGUUAUGAGGGCAGGAAGGAUGGAAGAGAAUCUGCUGCUCUCUGAUGCUACACACAUUAACAUCUUUGUGAAAGCAUCUUCCAAGUCUGGGAUGGGAAACCUGUGAUGCUCUGGAUGUUUUGCGGACCACAGCUCCCACAAUCCAAGACCAUUUGCCAUGCUGGCUGGCUAAUGGGAGCUAAAGUCCAACAACAUGCAAGAGGGCCGUGGAUUCCCCACUUCUGCUCCAAGUAUUUCCAAGCAAAAUAAGGAUAGCGAUUGGCUAGGUACCACAAAAAAAAGAGAAAUCGUAUUGGGUAAACAGGGCAGAUAGAACCAAGCACACAGUGGUUUUUAUAUCUAAACUUAUUCACACAUGCAAAUCAUCACUGGAUGUUGCAGCUAUAGUAUCACAGAACUGUAGAGUUGGAAAGGGAUCCUGAGGGUCACCUGGUCCAAUCUAGUGCUAAGAAGAAAUCCUGCCCACAGCAGUCCCUGGGAGGGCUCACGCCACCAGCCUUCUGGUUAACAGCCAGAUACACUGAACCAUUGUGCCACUCAAGUGAUGAACAUGCCUGUAUGAAUCAACCCUCUUUCUGAUGAAGAACUGAAGAAUUCUCACAGAUUUGUUUUUGACUCCAGCAGCAACAGUAUCUGCAGAGUGAUUAUCUGGAAACUAUAUCAUUUCUGUUUUUAGCAACUUCUGCAUAAGAUCUAGAAUUCACUGAAGUCAACAAGAAGUAUUUUUGUUGACUUCGAUGCCCACUAGGUCAGUCCCCCAGGAAGCACAAAUGAAAAGAAACCUUCUGUUCUCUCCUCUUUGUUUUCCUUAAAUUGUUCUGCAACUUUUUGCAGUCAAUCAGCCAACCUUUCAGAAAUUAGUAUAUCUUGGCCACAACUGUAGUGGAGACUGUAACAAUAUGUACUCUGAAAACACUGGGCACAAUGCUUGAAUAAUUUGCUGUGUCCGAGUCUUGGCACUCAUUAUUGGUGUUUAAUUGCUCCUGAAGUUUGGAUUCAGAAUUAAUCUUUCCUGCUCUCACUCUCGUUCCUACUCAUGCUUCUGCUUGUAAUCAAAGAGGCUGGUUACUUUGCGAUGAAUCUGAUUUAUGCAACCUUUUGACAAAUUACUGCGGCCUCCAUCCCGUUUGAAGAACCUCUUGGUAACAGAAGUGGCAUAUAAAGAGAUGGCAACAACAGCAAGUUAGGGUUAGCAUUGAGGGGAGCCCCAGAACUUUGACUACUGUGGAAAUGGCAUUUAUUUGCAGAAGUACAAUUUCCCCCUAGAGUGGCUGGGGAAACCCUGUCAGACAGGCAGGGUAUAAAUAAAUUAUUAUUAUUAUUAUUAAAAACAUAUAACAAAUGCACACACUCACCCAGUGAGAACUGAGCAUGCUCAGUAGUCAUGCAAAGAAGAGUAACCAUUGAAAACAAAAAAUGAAACACAUGGACGAGAAGUCGAAUGUCCUGCUUGGAGGGAUUGGCUGGCUGGAAGCUUGAACAGGAACAUUCUUUUUAGGAGGGAGGAGACACUCAUUCCCUGAUUCUGUUGCAGGUUCUGCUUUAUUAUCUAUCUCCAGUUUGAAGGGUGCUUUCAGAUGGGUGUUCAUUGCUGCAUCCGUGCUCUGCAUGCAUGCAAGGUUUCUUUUUGUUGUGUCCACACAAUGUUCACAUAAAAAUGUUAGUCCAUACGCUCCUAUUAGAAAUCUGUUGGCUUUUAUUUACUUUGCUGUUUUGAGAUUAUCACCAAAUGGGGGCUGUUCUGGCAUCAGCGUGAACCAUUUUUUUCAGGAAGAGAAGAGAAUGGAGCCAGGCACACUGUCCUUAUUCCUUCCUGAUCUCACUUGAAGACUAGAGCUUGUGCACGUACAACAAAUAGGCAGGCAGGGCUUUAUCCACAUCUAGGAAACCUGCUCUUUCCACUGUUUUCUGCAUACAGUUAUCUAUGCAUAUGUUCUGCUGAGCAGAAUCUUUUCCAACAUACAAAUAGCCAUGGGGAGGUUUGGAGCAGGGGCAGCAGAUGGGAUUGGGGACGUUGAAUACUGUAUACAGUGGUACCUCAGGUUAAGAACUUAAUUCGUUCUGGAGGUCCGUUCUUAACCUGAAACUGUUCUUAACCUGAAGCACCACUUUAGCUAAUAGGGUCUCCCACCGCCGCACAAUUUCUGUUCUCAUCCUGGAGCAAAGUUCCUAACCCGAGGUACUAUUUCUGGGUUAGCAGAGUCUGUAACCUGAAGCGCCUGUAACCUGAAGUGUCUGUAACCCGAGGUACCACUGUAUUUAUAAAAAACACAUAGCGUACAAAGGAAUGCAUAUGGAGAGGGCUGGAACCCAACGGCUCCUACCUUGACAGCCAUGCAUUCAAGGGUCCUGCAUACAAGCUUCUGUGUGUAUGGUCUGGGGCCCUUGAGUAUGUAUAAAUAGGAACCAAGUAAUGUAUGUGCAUGUAGGCUCCUUGCAGACACGACCUUCUGAGUAUGUGGAGAUCAAGGCUGCCUGGAAAGGGCUUCUGUGUUAGUAUUUUUAUAGCUGUUUUCAUUGUGAGCUGAACACAGCCUUUCUGGAAGAAGUGGCAGGAUAUAAAUUUUAAAAACAAAUCGUUAUAAGAAAGACUGAGUUCUCCCCCUCCUAGCAGCCUUAUGCAAGGCUAGCGUGCCUCUUUGCUGCAUCAGGGCAGAUAAGCCAAUGAAAGCCAGAAUUGCUACGGUGACUUUAGAGCUGAUUAUCCAUCAAGGAAGAGGUCAAGAGAGGAGAAGAGAUUGUUAAGAAUGAAAGGGGGGGGGUGCCAUCCACAGCUUCAACUCACUUAGCUAGUUCAUAAAGAUGCCCUUUAUCUCAUUCAGUCACAAGUUUUAUCAUACUGGAGAGAGAAAGGAAUUCCUAUGAUUUUGCAUCAGUGGCGUAGCGUGGGUUGUCAGCACCCGGGGCAAGGCAAGUAAUUUGCGCCCCCUGCAGUGAGAGAGAGUGAGUGAGCCAGGUAGGGGCAGAGAGCUGCGAGUGCGAGCGCCCCCCCGAUGUUGUGCCCGGUGCGCCCGGCCCCCCCUGCACCCCCACGCUACGCCACUGUUUUGCAUGAUAGAAACCCACAGCUAUAUGAAUACAAAGGGAGCACAAGAGCAUAUAUAUAUAUAUAUAUAUAUAUAUAUAUAUAUAUAUUUGUUUGACACACUUACUGCCAAAUGGUUUUCCUACACUGCAUGCUCUCCUUGCUAAGAUGGGAUUUUUGUUCAGCAUGAAAAAUCCAAAUUGUCUCUGCUCUUGAAACUUUCCUGCACCUCCAUGUGAUUAAAUUUAGGAAUUCAUGUAGCAGAGCACAAUACCGAGGAGAAACAAAUGUAAAUAUAUUUCUGCACGGGGAAGAUGCCUGAGAAAUGGUUGGCAGACUGCAGGCGUGAUAAAUAGAUCAAUAAAUUAAUAAAUGGUCAACUCAUCUAAAUUUACAGUUAAUUGGCUAGUAUUUUAUCCUUGCACAUUUAUUUUGUGUUGAGGCGUAUACAGAGGUAUUCUCAAUAUUUCAUUUUUAUUGGAAGAAUGAAUAAAUACUUCUGGCUGCUCCAUCCUAGGCUCACGCUCUCAUGUCUUAUGGCUUAACCAAGCAUGAGGCAUCCAAUUUCUCCCCCUCACAAAUCAAUCGCUCUGGGUCCUCACCACUGUUGGUUUAUUAUGGGGAUGACUCUUCCCUCACUCAGAUCCUGUCUGUGGAAUUGUCAAAGGUGUUUAUCAUCAUAAUCAUGCUUGCCUGUCAGUGAAAUUAAUGUGAAUUUUACCAUAAGCUGCAAUAUCUGCAGACCUAGGUUAGGUGUUUACUGUAGGAUAGCCAGGCUUUGCUCGCUUGAGCUACAUGGUGUCGUCAUCACCAGAUGCUUGUUCUGUGCUUUCCUCAGAGUUCUUCCAUCUCUUUGUUCAGAUCACGGAAGAUCUGAGUGGUGGGGUUUUUUGCCUUGCUUUGUUUUGCUAAGAGCGCAACAGUAGCACCAUCUUCUCGGGUGACAAUUGUGUUUCUGCUACUCUUAGGACUUGCUUAAAGAGAUAUUAUUUUAACAUAUUUAGUACCGGAAUGGGAAAUAUGCAGGUCUCCAGAUGUUGUGGUACUAGAACUUCUGUCCUCCCCAACCAUUGGCCAUGAUGGGUGGUUCUGAUGGGAGUUCAUAGAAUCAAAGAAUUGUGGAGUUGGAAGGGACAGCAAGGGCCAUCUGGUCCAACCCCCUGCAAUGCAGGAAUAUUUUGCCCAACGUAGAGCACAAGUCCAUGACCCUGAGAUUAAGAGUCUCAUGUUCUACCAACUGAGCUAUAACAGUGGCCCUAGAGCUCUACAGGUUCCCAAUCCCUGAUGUGUGUUGAAAGGCUUACUCACAACACCUCAGAACUUUGGGACACCUUUAGUAUGACCUUUUCCAGUGACACCAUUUUAGCCACUUAUUUUUUUAAGUGAUCUUUUAAUUUGUGUGCCUGUGUUGCCUUUUACAAUAUUUGUACAUUAGUCCUUAACUAAUAACUGUACGUUUUUUGGGCCUCUUCAUAAGGAAAUGAUCCAUGCAUCUGCUUACAUCAGGCAUUCGUACCAUUGUAUUGCAAGUCUCCAAUGUGCAAGCGGCUGCCUGUUAUAGGUUGGGGCUUGGACAGGGGUCACUCUUCAUAGGAAGCCAUGGAUUACUAUUAACAUCUUGGCAUGCAACACCAGUACUCGUGGUGUUAUGUUUGCUUUCUUCCUCUUACGUGGAGAUUAUCUCUGUGUAGGGAAUUGUUAAUGUAAGUCCAUUCACCCUCCUUUGUGGGCUGGUGGCUUUGUGGGUGGGCCCUGGGCCUCCCUGGAAAACUGUCCUAUUGCUGGCCAGAUCGUAUUUCUGCCACCAAUCGAGCCAAUGGCAGCGGGAGGUAGUGGGUGCAGGGCCAACCAACCAACUGCGGCCCUUGGUGCCAUUCCCAGGGUUUUCCCCACUUGGCUAAUUGGCACCGCCAUUUGGGUUUUCGCCUACCUCCUAGCAAUCAUCACAACUUUGUGAGGCAGUUAGGCAUUGGGUAAGCCUAGUUUUGUUUGGAGAGGAGGUUGUAGCCUCUGCCUGCCCCUCCAUGGGUAAGGGUAUCCUGUUAAAAGGAUCUGGAAGGAGUGGCUCCUGUCUGACACCUAGUCAGGGGCUAGGGCCAUACCACUCCUCCAAAGGGAACCGCUUGGGGGGUGCCCCGAUUUGACGUAGGUCACAGGGCAUCCCCCCACCAGCUUCACCCUUAGCAACACUCCCUGUGGAUGGGCAGAAGUGACACGCACUGUUGCUUACCACAAUGCCUAUGGCCAAACCUCAAUCUGUAACCAAUAAAGUUGUGGCCUUAUUUGAUCCCAAACCAAUAUCCUGUGUGGUGUCUACUUAUUUACACUUUAGGCUAUAGGGUGGUCCCGGGGCCUCAAGACACAAGAAGCAGCCCUUAGCCUAUAGCUGAGAGUUCAGGAGUUGCAUUAGCUGAUAAAGUGUAAGAAUGUAGAGAAUGCAUUGUCUUUGUUGUUGUUUUGUGCAGACCUUUGGAUGUUCUGGGAGAGAAACAACAGCAGCUGUGGAGCCAGUAACAAGAAAGCCAACCAGUAGCCUCUUAGUUGUAGAAGUAUCCUGGGCCCUGCCUUACACACAUGGCAACACAUGAUGAGUUCACAGCAGGUAAAGACCUUUCUUUCUAUCUUCCCGUAUUUGAAACUUUCUGCUAGGUUAUCACAUAUCAUGUAUCUGGAGAAUGCUCUUGCUUAAGAUUUGUGUCUGGCUUCAUCAGUGUUCCAGAAUAUACCAUGAAAAUUUCUCCAUAAAUACUUUUACUGGUUACAAUACACCAGGAAUGGGUAACCUGAUGUUGGCCUACAAUCCCCAUCAUCCCUGACUGAGGCUGAUUAGAGUUAAGCAGCAUUUACAGGGUGCCACAAAUAAGGACAUGAGAAUGCUGCAGCUUCUGUCCUGACAUGCGUUCAUUACAAUCAGCUCUCUUUCUGUUACGCUGUACUUUCCACCAAAUAUUGUGCUACUGGUGGCAGAUGUUUAAAAUAGGUGAUAUAGUUUUUGUGUAACUUACUUAGCAUGCAAUCUUUUCAGUGUAAAGCAAAUGCCAAAUGUAAAGGAAAUGCCCCCCCAAAAAAGAAACAUAAAAAACAACCCUGCCAGGAGGUAUACACAAUCUGAAGAUGAUUAGCUUCCAUGCAAAUUUGGAGGAGCAGAAGGCCACUCACACAAUGGGACUUUCUCAAUUCCUUCCCAGCUCAUGUUGACCUAGAGUCUGAGUGUGUGCUGAACCACUCACAAGGAUAUAAAAUAUGUAGUUCAAGCAAAACAAAAUAAAAAAAUGUAUUUAUCCAAAACCCCUGCCCAAAUCAGCCAUGUGAAACUAACCCUGAGUAUGGAAUAGCGGUUUCUUUAGCAAACUCUGGGCAUAUCCAGACUUGUGCUUGUCCCAUGUCUAGAAAGCAUGAGUCUCAGUGGUUUUUUGCUUGUCCUGUGCUUUCUAGGCAUGGGUCCAAGUGGUUCUGCCCUUGCCAUGCUGCUUUCCCUUCAGCGAUAAAUUGGAGCAAAUGUUGAUGUUUGCUCUGAUUUGGCAGUAAAGAUGGGGUUUCCUUGGGUGAAAGUUGUGGGGCAAGGGCAAGAGUGGAUGAGCCUUCAUUUGUUUAUCUACUCUAUACUUGGGUGUAUUGUCCAACAAGAACAUAAGACAGUAACAGGGGAUGGAUCUACUAUGAAAUUGAUGAAGCUUAAGCUUCAGGAACCCUAAUCCUGGAGGGGCCCCAGAAGCGACUUUAGUCCACAUUGCUUAAAUUAUUUGGGUCUAGUAGACCAAAUUUGAGUCACACAACUCGAAUUAAUUAAUUUUUUGUUGUAUAUAUGUCAACAAUUCCAAAGUCUGAGAGUCACUUCAAGCUUCAGGGCCCCAUAAACAUAGGUCCACCACUGGACAGAAACUUUUUUUGGGGGGCACAGUUACAAACACAUGCAUCUACUACUCUUUUGUUGUACACAUUCUUGCAGGGGGAGGAUAUUGCAAAAUGUUGGCAUAGUACUGCAUGAAGGUGGGACCUUAUGGAUAUAUUCUGCCUUUUCAAUGGGCUGCAAAUGCUCCAUUCCUGCUGGUCAUGAGACAUUGUGUCCCCUUCUUCCAUUGUGUCCCCUUCUGUACCUCUGCUGAAAUUAGGCUUGAAAUAAGCAUUCUGUUGCAGCUAAUUUAAUAGGUUGAUGCCUCUGUGUUUGUGUGGUGCCCUGUGCAAACGACAGUUUCUCCAUUUUGCAAAUGGGCCUUGAGGCCAAAAAGGUUGGUGACCUCUCCACUGCAGUCUGAACUUGAGUGAAACACAGUCUUCUUAAAGCAGGAGCACUUCCAAGAGGGAAGAGUGUCUGUGCAAGCAACUUAGGAAACAGCCACGCAUUUGCUGCUUCAAAGACUUACUAAUCCUUUGAAUAGGCCUUUAGACAUGGAAGAUUAGCAAAUGAUUGCUCUGACCCUCCUUUUUCAUUUCAUUCGUGUUGUUUUUGUUUUUAAAGCCAAGCACCGAGCUCCUGUUGCGAUAUAUUGCGGGAGCGUUCCCAAAGCAAAGCCUGGAUGCAGGUCGCUGAGAGGAGGGAGCAUCGAUUCCAAUUUGCAGCUCUGUGGGAACGGAUGGACGACAGCAGAUGAUGGUUAGGAUGGGGAAGACUAGGUGGGAUUUGUGACCUGGGGCCAUUCCAGACAUCCUCAACAGUGUGCAUUCAUGAUAGUUUGUGUUCAGGAUGGUAUUGGGGCAACUAUAUGCAACCUUUCUUUCAGCACUCUUUGCCCCUGUAAGAGUUUCAGGGUGGACACGCGGGUGGCGCUGUGGGUUAAACCACAGAGCCUAGGAAUUGCCGAUCAGAAGGUUGGCAGUUCGAAUCCCCACGAUGGGGUGAGCUCCCGUUGCUCGGUCCCAACUCCUGCCAACCUAGCAGUUCGAAAGCAUGUACGCUGGCUCCCUCAGCCAAUAAAGCGAGAUGAGCGCCACAACCCCAGAGACGACCACAACUGGACAUAAUGGUCAGGGGUCCCUUUACCUUUACACUAAUUUCCAGUUGGUGCAUGUCCCAUAACGUCUUGCUAAAAUCCCGUAACUUUUGACACCACAAAAGUUUUUUCAGAGUUGUGGGGGUAUUCGUUUUGUUUUGGUUGCAGAAGAAUGCAGUAACUUGGUAACCUUGGGGGAGCAUUGGGGAACAACUAAUAAAGCAGAACAAUGUAUGGACUGUCCUGUCCACUACUGAUGCACCAUUAUUGCAUCAGUAGGGUGUUGCAGAAUACAAACACAGAACUACACCAGUCUGGAUGGGUCCUGUUCCUGUAAAAGUAAAGCCCAGCUUGCAAGUGGGAAAACGAGAUGCAGGCUGAAAUUGCCUAAUAUCUAGCCGAGAUUUUUAUCCGUCUUACAAGUGGUAUAUAGCUUUUACGAAAUGAACAAAUAAAAUAAAAUAAAUAUAGGAGUAAGUCCCAUAGAGUUCACUGGCUUUUAUGCUUGGGUAAGUGUCCAAGGGAUAGGCACACUGCCUUUGGUCACUUUAGCAAGAAUGACAAUUUUUGAGGAUCUCCAAGCAUGGGGACUGUUUGACUUUUAUAGUAGAGGAAGGCAAUAUUUGGCCAACGUGCUGCAAAUGUGGGAAGAGAGACAGGCCUACUCUGCUUCACAUUCAUGGCUUUCAAAUAAACCCCUAGUGAAACUCUGCCCAUUCCUUCAAGCAGAGCUGGUCAAAGACAUUUGCUGCCUAAGGUGAAGGAUGUAUAGUAUACAAAAGCCCAGCCAUUGGCUGUGGUCCUGUUUAGCCUUCCAUUUGGCAACUAGCUGGUGAGGGAAGUUCUAGCCAAACCAGCUGGCCACUGUGACCUUCUUGUUCUCUGCAGAAAUAAGCAGGAGGACUAAACCUGAUUCCCCAAUAUGGGGUCCUGGUUGAGUAACUGAAUGCCUCUCAUUAAAUUCCCUUGCAGCUUCUCUUCAUUCAGUUCUAAAGAAGCAGGCAUGUUUGUGGGGAGGCAAAGGAGAACCUCUGGAUAUUAGGAAUGGCCUUCUGAAGAAGAAUACAGACAGAGCAGCCAUGGCUGACCUUUCUAGCACUCUGCCAAGGCAAGAUCCCAGUGAACUGGAGGUGAGCAGUGCAGCCGUGGAAACUGCACAAAUCAAGGACAAGCUCAAGAAGAGGAGAAUGUCUGAGGGGAUCCAUGCAUCAAGCAAAGGUAUGAUGGAUGCUUGCCUACUGAUUCCAAUAAGAAGGAUUGGUCUUAUUUGCAGUGAUGUAUAACAGCUCUUUGUGCGAAGCGUUUCAAGUCCUUACAGCUUUCAGCCUUGCAACAAUCCCUUGAGACAGAUUUGCCAUUGUUCUCAUUUUACAGAUGGAGAAUGGAGACUGAGCCAUAGUAAAUAGCCCAGUGAGACUUAUGGGUUCUGUUCCAUUCCUAGUUCUAAAGCUCAACACUCCGUUAAACCACAGUGUUGAAAGCUGAACAAAUGAAGAGUGGGCAAAAUCUGCCAUUGACACACACACACACAAAAACUGGGAACCAACCUGGCAACACAUGUCUGCAAAGUGUUAGCACUGAAAACUGCAGUAUGUUUGUUUAAAAUAGAAUAGUUAAAGUAAAAUAAUAAAAUAAAACCUGUUCUUAAUGAAAUUGUUGUGGAUAAACAUGGGCUCCUUUGGGAGGAAGAGCAAGAUAGAAAUUGAAUAAAUAACAACUUUUUAAUUUAUUGAUAGAAGUAUUCAUAUACUGCCAUUUUAUACAAUAUUACAAGGUGGUACAGUGGUACCUCGGGUUAAGUACUUAAUUCGUUCCAGAGGUCUGUUCUUAACCUGAAACUGUUCUUAAGCUGAAGCACCACUUUAGCUAAUGGGGCCUCCUGCUGCCGCUGCACCACCGGAGCAGGAUUUCUGUUCUCAUCCUGAAGCAAAGUUCUUAACCCGAGGUACUGUUUCUGGGUUAGCAGAGUCUGUAACCUGAAGUGUAUGUAACCCGAGGUACCACUAUAUACAGAAAGAUGUACAAUAAAAUAUACAGCAUUAUAAGAACAAUAUAGGAUGAUAAUUAAAGUGACUGGCUGAUGGGGGAAAAACCCAUAAAGAGUUGCAAAGGUCUUCAAGAGAAGCCUGAAAAUCACAAGGUUGCAAAAUGUAUUCUGGAAGAGUGUCCCAUAGCAUGGAGCCAGUGACACUAGGUGCCUGACUUCUAGGGAAGGCCAGUUAGGCCUCUGUAACAUGGAGGACAACUAUUGCCUUUGAGCCAUUUCCACUGUUCCACCCAACAUCACCCAACAGCAACCAUUUCCAAGCCCCACUCUUGGUACUGCUGCUCAAUGGUAUGACAACAGAUUCUUGUUUGGCCCUAUUGGUGUAUUUCCUCUCUCUAUCCAACAAGAGACAAUGCCCACUUGGCACGUAUUCCAGAGACUGAAUAUACUUGAGCCAUGAAUCUGGUUCCAGCAGCCCACAAUCACAGCAGCAUUUGACCUGGUAUCUUGUCCAAUUGCAUAGCUGCUGGACAUCAUUGCAGGGUGAGAAUGUGGUGGUAUACAAUUUUCUAGAGAGGGAAAAGGUACCUGGCUUUUCUAAUGACAUUUUCAAGUUUUUCAGGCUGUUCCCAACAACACCAAGCUGCUGUACGAGGAGCUCAUUGUCCUUUAUGUGAUGUACUGAGUGUAUGCGCAUACGUUCAGGGGGAAAAUGUCACAUCCAUUGUGUUUUGCAUUUCCAGGCUUAUUGAACUCUGUGGGUCCUCAGGGACUUGCCCUGAAACCAACCAUUUCCAGAUCUGCCUCUCAAAGACUGCUGGUCGCUUCCAAGCCCAUGCCUCCUAUUCAGAGCAUCCCCACUACCCCAGAGGCUGACGGAGCUCGUGAAAGACAGCAGAAAGUGUUGGGAAACUGCUUGGAAGUUAGAGCGGACAACCGGGAGUCAAUAGCAAACACUCAAGAGGUACUGUCAAAUGAAGAUGCUGAAAUGCGGUGGUAUUUGUGCCUGAGAAGAUUUAUGCUUCUAGAAGCAUUUGGGUUCGCUUUAUUGUUUCUGUUAUUAAAAACUGAGGAGCUAAUGUUUGCCGGCAUGGCGAGGUUAUGAUGUUGGGUCAAUUGCACCAAAUCACAUUUGAUUUAGUCUGCAGCUGAAUUGCAGAGUCUGUUGCACAAGCAUAAUCAAAUUGGUAUGAAUGCGCUGUCUGUUGUUCAAAUUGUAUUGCUUUGAAGAGGGGCAGAAAAUUACAUGCAAAGGGAUAAAAUGUGUACUAGGAAAGAAACUGAACCUAUGAAGCUACCUUAUACUGAAUCAAAUCAGUGAUGCUGCCUACUCAGCUGGGCAAAGGAAUCAAGAGGCCUAUCUGUUGGCAGUCGAGGCCAACAAGCCGUCACUAGUUCCACAGUGACAUUAAGGAAACAUCAGUUUGGCAAGAUACCUGGCAUUAGAAAUCUCUUCCUGAUAUGGGAAGAUCCUCUGUGUUAUACUGCACAGUCCGUGAGAUAUGAAGCGCCUCUGGAGUUAAUAACUUGCAGUUAGAUAUGACAAAUUGUUAAGUGGCAUUUGCAGAGGACCAAGGAUCCGGUGAUCACACCUUAUCAUCCAGGAGCUGAGAAGCUGAUGAGGGCCGGCAGGAGGAGCACUAAUGUAAAAAAUUAAUAGACUUCUGAGAAGCAGAUUUUGAUGGAAGGUCGAAGGAGUUGCAAAAUUGGCCGGAGCUCAAGGCUGUCUGGCAGGAAUAAUAGAUACAUCCUGGAGAGUGUGAUCGAAAUUUAUUCCAGUAAAAUAUAUAAGAACAGAAAAAGGGAAUAGAGUGUUGAAAUUCUCCUGCCAAAGACAGGAGGAGGACAAGCAGAGGGCGCUAUCAUACUGCAGGUGAUGCAGAGAGCACCGAGAUGUUGGAAAAUGUUGUACUUCAGCUGAAAUAGUCUAUCUUUCAUCCACACAGAACUUCCCACAUUUUUGCCCCUUGAAAAGUUCUGUGCAGCUCAAGUGCUUAUUUUUCUGCAUCAGUAGAAUUUGGUUUAGAGAGUCUUCUUUUUUUUUAAAAAAGGGCUGAUCUGUCCCUCUCUUAUUCUUAGAGAUUGAUGCAGCAACUGUUGUUUAUAAAAAUAUGUGAAGGAAAAUGAGGUUAGUCUCAGGGCUUAUCCACACUUCCACUGCUUACCCCCGGGGAAAACUACUCUUUAGUGCUCAAUCGGAGCAAAUGGCAAUUUGGGUUUUCUCCAGAUUGACGUUUUCUCAGAUUUAGAGCUAAAGAGUGGGUUUUCCCUGGGAAAGGAGUGGGGCAAGGGGAAAGCCUCUCAGGCAAGUGCUUUCUAAGCAAGGGACCAGCCAAAGUGUUGAUGAGCCCUUAGUUUCCCCUGUACCACCUUGUCUCCACUGUGCCACAUUAUUCUUUACCACUUUCCAGGACUAAUCCUAGUCCCACUUUAUUUUUUGCUUAGAGGACUUCAGGUUUCCAAGGGCAUGGAGGCUUUUUGUAGAACAGCAGAAUUCACCUAGAAGUGCUACUGCCUCGCGUGUUUUUUUCUGAUUGUUUUGACCAACCCUUAGUGAAGUGACUUUCCGUGUCACAUCUUAGUUCAUGCAUUAAAGUGACAUUGUUCAGGCAGUAACAGCCAUGUCUGAGGAUACAUGGCUACCAGCAGGUCAAAGUAGAUUACUUGGAAGUCCUGCUCAGGAGGUAGGAGCAAAUUUUAAGUGAUUUUAUAUAUAUAAAGGGGUCAAACCAGUUGCUGACUCUUGCACUCCAUGAGCCUCAACACAGAGGUGUCUUUUGGCUACCUGCAAAUACUGAGUGAUAAUGUCAUUGUCCCGUGUCUUUUAAACCAUGCUUUCCUGCAGAUCUUACAUAGCCAUGGUGAGAAUCUGAGGAGGUCUUUAGGUACUGCUUUGAUCCCACCUAUCCCCAAAUCAGCAAAGGCACUUGAAGAAGAAAAUUCUCAGAAUUUUCAAGAACUCCUUCCAGGCUCAUCACAGUUCCUGCUGGAAUCUGCUCCUCUUGUUACAGAAGUUUCCUCUGAAACAAGGUAGAUGGCUCCUGCUUUCAUUUCCUUUGUUUAUCAGACCUCUUGCACUGCCUUUGUUUCCUCUCUCUUUCAAAGCCUCGCCUGCAGUAUCCAGCUUCCCCGAAGCUCAGAGGAUACAACUUUCCCCUUUUAUGUGAGCUCCAGCUCUCCAUUGCAUGACUGUGGCUUUCUGAGGCAGCUCUGAACAUAAAAAGACCCCUGUUGGGUCAGAUCACUGGUACAGCUCUCCCAGCAUCCUGUUUCCCAUAAUGGCCAAUCAGAUGUGUCUGGGAAGCCCCUAAGCAGACUGAAGGCAAUAGCCACCCCUUGCUCUAGCUCUCAGCAGCUACUCUAAGCCAUAGUGCCUCUGGUGUAGCAUAGUGGCUGAGCUACACGUCAGGAAGUACCUGGUUCAAACCUCAACUCUGCCCUGGAUUUGUUAGGUAGUCUUAAGCCCGUCACUGGCCUCAUUUACACAGAAUGCUGGCCACAAGCCAUAGCUACAGUAGUGAAAUUAGCCUGUGCAUGAGCUUUGUGCUGGUGCAUACAGCUUGAGCUCUUCCCACUUUGCUCCUUCCUUCCUAAAUCAGGGAAAUGAGCCAUGGACCAUCUGGCAUAGCAUUAGGCGUGAGCCUCCAUUCCAAACAAACAGGGAGCAGAAGCCAAGGUUUCUUCUUGACUAUGCUUGUGAUGCUUGAUUUGGGGAAAAGAACCAGGAGUCCUGGCUUGUGUGUCAUGUUAAAAAGGGGAGAGACAAAGCAGGAGAGCACCUGAGAUCCAUGCAGCUUUGGUCACAGGCCAAGCUGACUAAGCAUGGUUUGUGGUCAAUUUUACAUAUGAGCAUGGCCACUGUCUUCUAGCUGCAUCUCUUCCCUCCUCCCCAUUAAUUUCCAAUAUGGGGGUGAUACUGACCUACUUUUUCAGAUUGUUGAAGGUAGUGUGUUUGUAUGCAUGUUGAAUAAUUUAAAGCACCAUAUAAGUGCUGUAAUAUUAUCUCUCUGGCAGAAACCUGGGUUCCCUCCUCCCACUUUGUUAUUUUCAUAUUUUCCUUUUUCUCCCAAUUGUUUUAAGGUCGAGGACAGGGCCUUUCAAUGCUGAGGACAGCACCCUCAACACUCUGGGUAGGUACAGGUCGCAUAUAUGUUCUAUCAGAAAAUGUGGGUGUGACAUUUGGGAGACAUUAAUGCUGAAAGCAUCUUCCUAAAAAACAACAACAAUCCACUAGAUAGUGGUGUUAGAGAUGCUCAUGAUGCUACUUUUAUUAGAGAAAGGUUUGUGCAUCCAUGUUUCAAGAUGCAUACAAGAAGGCUUGCAAAUGCCUGUGCUUCCCAGCACAAAACUGCAAACCAGUCUAGAGAGCACACAUCUUGGCAGAGAAGCAGACGGCGUCCUCUUACCCUCUCAAUGUGACAUUUACAUACAUAGUAGCUUGGAGCAGCCUUUGGACAAGAAGGUGCUCAAGCAAAGCAAAUGCAUUCAGAAGUCUGAAGGAGUGAUGUGGUCUUGCCGCUUGUCAGCAGGUAAGGCAUAUGAAUUCAUGUGCCCACAGAGAAAAAAUGGAAUUGAAAAGUUCAUUGACGGGACCUCAGCAGCUCCUCAUGAUUAAAAAGGAUCGCAAGGGCUGGCAGGGACUGUUCAUGUUCAUCAAACCUGAUCUUGGCGUGUUGACACAGGAGUUGCUAGACUUAACCAACCCUGGCAGAUGUUUACCCAGUGUAGGAAGAAAGUAAUUUCUCUGAGACAGAAUUUGGGGGCAGGCCAAUGUCGGGGUAGCAAAUAAAACUGGAUGAUCAAUCACGAAGGAAAGCUGCAAUGUGGCAGCAGAAGGGAGGGCAGAACCAGGAAGCAAACAGAAGCUUCUAGGCCAGGCUGUGAGUGGAGCAGAGAUCUUGAACCAGAGGGGUCAGGAUUAGAAAAUGGGGAAAUAAAGAGUACUUAUUGGAAUGAAAGCACCGGACAGUCUUCCUUGCAGAUAUAUUUCAGUCAGAGUCAUGGUAAGAAGCAGACAAGAGGCAUGGGAGGGCACAGGGGGCAGUCACUGUGAUGUACAUGUCAAUGCCACAUUCCUAUGUCAGCUGCAAAAUAAAAAACACUGGAGAAAAGUUUUACUAAUGCAACUUCUCCCCACACCCAAAAAUCCUCAGUCUGCCUAGCUUUUGGGAGCAAGAGGCAGCCUUGAGAGCAUGCAUGGUGUAGCUUGCAGUCAAAGUGCAGACUUGGGUUCAAAUCUCUGCUCAGAUAUGAAUUGCUCUCCCCCACCCCUCUCUCUGUGCCUAAUCUACCUCAAAGGGAUUUUGUGAGGCUAUAAUAUAGCCACGUGUGCUGCCUUAAGCUCCUAGGGGGCACGGCAGGAUGUAAACGUGAUAAAAGCAUAAAAUAAAUAAUAAAAUAGAAAGAACCUCUUUCUGUUGCCACCCUGCUGGGCUUUGUGGCGUUGGAGAAAGCAGCCAUGUGAAGAUGUAUUGUUGAUCUGCUGAGCAAGGAAGGUGAUUGUUUCUGUGUGGCAGCUUUAGUAGUAAAAGCACUCAGUAGGCUGGUAAGAACAGAAUAAGAGAAAACGCUAUUGAUUUUUAAGCAGCAUUGUUGUGUAAAUUCCGAUUAGUUUCUGGAGUGACUUCAUUGCUUUUUAAAGCAUGGCCUCUCUUAGUUCCCUGUGCCACAAGAAGCUCAUCUGGAGAGCAAGUCCUGGGUUGUGUGUUAAGAUGGAGGCUUUCACAUUCUGCUCUCUGGGGUGAUUGCCUAGUCAAAGGUGCUAAUAUCAAGGUGGCUGAGCUGCUAGCUUUGGUAAUUAUCCCACUUCAGGGGAUGUGUCAGGAAGGGAUUUAUUGAGGCAACCGCUUCAAAGAGCUGAAUUCUGUUAAAAUACCUCUUAAUUCCCUAUCCAAGAGAAAGGGGCAUUUUCCCUGGAUCUUCUCACAGCACAAGAGAAAACAUCAUUUCACGAACAAAAUCCUGACGCUCUCCAAUGCAUAUUGUUAUGUAUGUAAUACAAACCUGAAAAAGUAGGAGAUGAAAUAAUAUAUUAAAUAAGGUCGGAAGUGGGAUGCUUCAGGCUACAGGGCCCAAAGCAGCCACCCCACUCUCUUUAUUUUUCAUCUGGGCCUUUGUGUUUUCCUUGUGGUCCUUGUUUGUUUUCCCACUUCCACUGACUCCUCCAAAUCAGACUUUUUGAAUGCACACUCUGCUCAGCAAUCUCACACAGCCAGGUGCCCAUGGACUCCUAGAUAUGUAAGCAGUGCUGGGUUCAAAUGAGAUUCCUGUGGAGUGUAUCUUUAUAAACAGGCAGAGAUUCAUUUAACACAUUAAACCAAAGAUGUUCCUGUAUAGGAGAUUCACUUCCUUUCCCAUGGCCUACUCUAAUUUGUCCAUCCUUGUUCAUGUCUAUUAUGCGGUUGGGUUGGGAGAGAGGGAAUAUCUUGGCUGGGUGGGAGAAAUGGGAUCUGGUUUAUUAAUUAUUAAGGUGUGUGUGUGUGUGUGUGUGUGUGUGUGUGUGUGUAUGUGCCUAUCCGUAUAUAUGUGAGAAGCAUAAUCUAUAUGGACAUACCCUCCAACAUUUCUCCAAUGAAAUAGGGAUGUCCUAAGGAAAAGUGGGAUUAAAUCAGAAACUGGGACAACUUCUGUAAAUCCAGGACACUCCCUGGAAAACAGAGACACUUGAAAGGGCUGCAUGGAUGAGAGAAAAAGCUAUUCAUUUUGGCAGUGUGGCCAUUAGAGCUUUCUCCAUCUGACCUAAGCACUAAAUAUCCAUAUCAAUUGUAAAUUGUACACAGCACCUGCCACGGUGUCUAUGUUAAAUAAAAAGCUAACAUGACCACCUCUCUGAACAGGGCCAACCCACCCAUGACUCAAGAUGAGGCAAGCACCACAGAUGGCAGUGUCUACAGGGGCAGCAGAUCCAACCUUCAAGAAGUGCAUCACCUGCUGUUCCCUGGUAGCAGUGACAGCUAUGGCAUACUCCCUGGAGGCUGGAUCUUCUGUCUCCUCAGCAGCCCCCUGCCCACUGCCUCUAAAGGUGCAAUGGUCUCCUCCCAUCUUUAUUCCUGAUGUAGAUCUUUAUCCCCUUCCCUUGUUCUUGAUGUAGACCUUCAAUCAUCCCUCCUUGCCAGGUUGAGGGGACACCAUUUUGUGGUUUGCCUCAGGUGUCAAAAUGCCUUGGGCCAGCCCUGCCUCUGAAAAUAGUUUAAGUGAAUAUGGAGUCGUAGGGAAGUUAAGGAAGACUGCACGUAUUAAUACAAGACAUAUUAUGGGCAAUCACCAUAACUCAAUACAGCUGGCCCAGGCAAGGACUAGCCUGGUAUCAAAUUUUGACAGCUUUUGCCCUCCAGAUGUUUUGGACUACAGCUCCCAUCAGCUGCAGCCAGCACUGGCCGAGGCUGAUUGGACUUGUGGUCCAAAAUAUCUAGAGGGAACCAGGUUGGUGAAGGCUUCUGUAUACAAUACAAUUGAAGUGUUCUUGACAGGACAAAGGGAGAGGCUACUUGCAGUAGUUAGUCUGUGGGGAUGGGCAUCAAGAAAGAGCAAAUACUUGAGGAAAUGUAAGUAGGAGUAUGACUGAUAUCUUCAAGGUACUGUCUCCUCAAAGGGAUUAUCUCAGGAGAGAGAGAGAGAUAGCUGAAAGAAAUAAUUAUCCCCAGGAACAAACAGCUGAAAGGUGUGAGCUUGAGCUCUCUGCCUCAAAAAGGAAAAUAACCAAUUUACCUAAGCUGAUGAGUCACUAUUCCUAAAUGAAGGCUCAUUUUAACUCCAGUUGAUGGAAUCAGAAGUAGCUCAUAUGGAACCAAGCUCAAUCACAAAAUCAGAGAAAGAGUGAAAGAAAAAGCCUGAUGGAUAAGUUCAAGUGUCCUUCUACCCCAGCAUCCUCCUUCUCACAGCAGCCAGCCUCCGGGAGCUCAUGAUUAAUGUGUGAAGGCAACAGCCUGUACCCAGUAUCUGUUGUUCAAAGGAAACUGCUUCUGAACAUGGAGUUUACAAUAGCCAUGGAAAGCCCUGUCCUCAAUCACCAGUAGUAGAGAUUGAUUCACACCACGUAUUUAAAGUGCUUUUAUGCCAUUUUAGCAGCCAUGGCUCCUCUUCCCCAAGGAUUCCUGGUUUGUUAAGGGUGCUAAAAGGUGUUACAAGACUUUACAAGACCUCACUGAGCCAUAAUUCCCAGCACCCUUAACAAACCACAUUUCCCAUGAUUAUUUGUGGGGGGAGCUGUGAAGUGGUGUAAGAGUGCUUGCAUGGUGACCUAACAUAAUUAUGCUACACCAAGUGCUAUCUUUUAUACUGACAGUCAGUUUUAUUCACUAAUGUUAUGAGUAAGUGCAUACUAGUGAGCGAGUGACAACUGCUCCUCACAUCUUGUCGCCCGCUCUCCACACCAUUAAUAAUUUUAUAAACCUCUAUCAUGCGCCCACAUCCUUCUUUCCCGCCCCCUGCAAGGUGACUCACGCACGCACAAAAACUUUAGUCUUUUUGCGCAGGUAAGCUGCUUCAUCCCCUUGUUUGGAUUGCCAGAUAAACAUCAUGUCUUUUUUGAGAUGGGGUGAGCAGAACUCUUUGCACAACACCAUCCCUCUGGUAGGAAACUCACGUGGUGAGUACUGGUAGAAAUGGAGUCAAAUCAGGGCCACUGAGAAACAGCAGGUUGCUAUUGGCAUGCUUGGGGACUCCUGAGGUUUUAUAGUAAGCCCUUGCAAACUAAAGGGGAUGGUGCAUGCUCAGUGGCCACAGAAUGCAGAGGGUUAGUUGGAAAAGAAAACCAGGAAAACCAAGGUAGGGGAAGUGCCGUAGCUCAGUGGUAGAAGGUUCCCAGGUUCAAUAUCUGACAUCUCCAGCAAGGACUAGGCAAGAACCCUGACUGUAAAAUCCUGGGGACCUGCUGCCAGUCAGAACAGACAACACUGAGAUCGAUAGACAAAUGUUCUGACUCAGUAUAAAGCAGCUUCCUAUGUUCUCUAUGUUCCUAAUGGCGUGCUGUAGGAGGGCAUGACUGGUUGAUUGGCUGGAGCCCCGAAAAAGGAACAGGCUUUUCCAGAGGUGAGGAUACACUGCAACAUAUUUUGUUACAGGUCCCACUUGACUACUACAAUUUAUUUACAAAGGUAAUAAUAGCAUAACCCACAGCUGACAGGAAAUGGGAACAAGGAGGACAGCUCUUUCAUUUGGCCUCUCUCUCUCUCUCUCUCUCUCUCUCUCUCUCUCUCUCACACACACACACACACACACACCCCUACCUUUUUAAGUCCAUCUACACAGGGAGUGAUUCAAUCUAGUGGAGUAUCUCCUUGGCACAGCCUCUCGAUUUACAUUAAUACAUUGUGUAAUUUCUUGGCUCACACUCUCCACAGUAACACUUGUUAUUUCAUACAUGCUCGCUGCCCAUGCUAACGUGUUUCUUAUGCUCUAUUGGCUCAUCAGAAACCAGUGCACCGGAACCCUCUUUCAGAAAUGGCCUGUCUGCAUCCUUGAAGGUUACUGGGUGUCCACUAGAAUCCGUACUGCCACUAACCGCCUCCUCUCCCGGUCUGGCUAAGGAAGGGGGCCAGCUCUCAAGUCCUUGCCUUUUGAAAGAUGACGAGUGGAAGGAGAGCAAUGGAAGGGUAUGCGCCUUCUCUCCCCUUUCUAGCUCUAAUGAGGGCACGUUGGUGCGGUGAUGUGUAUUUAACUAAGCCAAGGGAAAGGUAUGGUAAGUUAGCAAGCAGUAGCGAGGGUGACUGUGAGUGACAUUAGAUUAUUGCUUUUUAAACGAUGCCACUGCAGUUAAGCAUGCAGGUUUGGAAUUGUAGGGAUCAGACCCAUCCUUCAAUGUCUUGAAUUGUCAGGUACCUGGGGAUGUUUUCCAGUGAGAAUCCCUCAUCUGUAAUCACCUUUAGGGCCGCACAGACUCAUGCAACAGAGCUCCGCAAGCCUGAUAAAUGAAAACUCCUAUUGCCAGUGACCCAUGUGUGAUAUCUCCAUGACCCAUUUACAAUAUUAAGCACCUGCCUGGAAGCGCUAAACUCCAUCUAAAUUAUCUCAUGGGAUUCCUCAUAGGAUUAAAAGUGAGAACCCUGUGCACACUGCCCUGAGUUCUUUGGAGGAAGGGUGGGAAACAAAUGUAGUAAACCAAAAGAAUGCGCUGAAGGAAGAUGUACAAAUUGUAUGCAGCUAGAAGAAAUCAAGUGUGUUUUUAUUGCAUUAAGCUGAUUUUGCAGAAAGAGCCUCGGAAACUUCUUUAAUUUCUUGCAUGUUUUCCUGCAGUGACAAAAUGAUACAUAAACCUCAGAAGGGGCAUUCAAAGUGAAGUUUAGGGAUAAAGGAAUUCAUUAACGAUUUCUGAGGAUCUGGUCUCAAGUAAUACUGCCCUUCUACAUUCCUGCUAAUAUAAAUUGCUUGCCUUUUUUUACAUAGCUCAAGCCAGAUUCUUUUAUCAUCUGUUCAGAAUAGUGCUUGCUAAAACUUUUCUCUUUCUUGGACUGAAAAAGCAUUGGUUCAGCAUUUUUUAAAAUAUCAGCCUGAAACUAUAUGUGAAAUCAAUUAUAUAAAUAAUAUAAGGCCGCAUGCCCUACUUUUUCUGAAAAUUUCCUGCUUCUCAUCUUAUAGAAUAGUCUCCAACCCCACCCCAAGUCUUCUGCCUAAUAUCUGCCUACACUUGUACUUUCUCUUUCAGCUGCAUCCAACAAAUUACAAGCAAUCCUUGUUUUGUGCAGGGGUUCCAUUUUGGAUCCCCACAAGCAUUGGCAGAGCAUGCAGAAGCUGCCCCGUUCCACCCCUUUUCGUAAUGUUUUGGGGCUACUUCCAGAUUCAGUGCUGUGCGUGUGUGCAUGAUCCUAAGUGAUUCAGAUGCACCUAAACUGGGACUUGCCUGUAGAUGUUUUGUGGGAAAUCUACAAUCAGGUUCCCAAUGCUGUUUCCUCCCUGCUAAAUGCAGCUGGGGCUGGGGGGCAAACUACAAGGGGAAGAACUAUAGCUCAGCAGUAGAACAUUUGAUUUGCAUGCAGAAGGUUCUGGGUUCAAUUAAUGACAAUACGAAUGUGUGCAGCGGAGGGUGACCAAGAUGGUCAAGGGUCUGGAAACCAAGCCUUAUAAAGAAUGGUUGAGAGUGUUGGGUAUGUUUAGCCUGGAUAAGAGGAGACUGAGAGGAACUAUGUGAGCCACCUUCAAAUAUCUGAAGGGCUGUCACAUGGAAGAUGGAGCAAACUUCUUUUCUCCUGCUCUGGAGGGUAGGACCUGUACCAAUGGAUUCAAAUAACAAGAAAGGAGAUUCCAACUAAAUGCCAGGAAGGUUGUGGACUCUCCUUCCUUGGAGGUUUUUAAGCAGAGGUUGGAUGGUCAUCUGUCAUGGAUGCUUUAGCUAAGAUGCCUGCAUUGCAGGGGGUUGGACUAGAUGACCCUUGUGGUCCCUUCCAAUUCUACGAUUCUAUGAAGUCAUGUGCUUUAAAUGCCCCAGGUGACCUGUGUGCCUGCAAUGCCUGCUGCUCAGGCGCUCACAGUUGAUGGUCAACUUCAAGACCCCUGCUUCUCUUCCUUCAUAUGAGUCUUUAUCUCCUAACAGGUACCCCAUGUAGCUCUCGGUGGCUAAAACCAGCUUCAGGAAGGAGCUUUAAGUUGGGGGUGGAUGUAUUUGGGGGAAUGGAGGGGCAUCCACUUUUAAAGAAAGAAAACAAUGUGCGAUCUAAUCUAGAUGAUCCUCAGGGUCCCUUCCAACUUUAUGAUUCUAUGAUCUUUGAUCUUCUAUGGACUAGCCAGGAGCUCAUAAGGAGGGCAUUAUCUUUUUAUUGGCCACAUAGCUUGUCAAGCAAAGACAUCUACUGAACACAUCAGACAUGCUUUUAUUUUGACUAUGUUUCCAGGUGAAACCCACAGCAUUCCUAUGUACUCAAUUUAAGUAGCUACACUGAAGAUAAAACAAGAAAAUUAGCGCAUCCUCCAUUUUGAUGAAAUAUUUAUCUUACUUUCUAAUAAAUAAGGUUUCAAGAAAAUGGAUGAGUUCUGUUUGGGUUUGUGGAAUCACAUUACGCCAAGAGAUUCCUCACUUGUGUGUAGAGUAGGGAUGGAAUUUUAUGAAAUUCUUGGUGUUGAGCUUAUCUGUGCAAUAUUUUUUCCUGACUCCUGUCUUGCUCCUUGAUCUUGAUCAGAAGUGAGGGUUUUUUUUACUAGCUCCACUAAAUAAUACAAACAACGCUCACAUAUUAUACACAUUAUUAUAAAUAUAAUAUUACAUGAAUGUUUAUAUGUGUAUACAGUCCAGGUUUCCUAAGGGAACCAACACAUAAACAGAUAAAUUCAACUACUGAUAUAUCGUAUCGAGAAACUUAAGUAAGAAUACUUAUACCAUAAUACAGCAAAAAUCCAGUCCUGCAUGAGGCUUGACUCUUUUAUGCAUGUUAUAUAUACACAAUAUAUACAUAUUUUUGUUUAUAAAUUUAAAUAUAAUUUUGUGUAUAAAUAUGCAGGCUUUUUAGAAAAAGGAAAAGAAAAAGAUAAUGUGCAAGCAGCUCAGACAUAAGCAAAUGCUCAGUGUAAGAGGUGGUCCUUUGUGGUCAAAGCUUGAUCAGGUUGGAAGCACCAAAUUCCAUCUAUAGAUACGUUUAAAAUAGAGUCCUCUUCCAUCCCUAAUGUAGAACAACACACGUGUCCCUUAUUUUUCAUGCACUGCGUUUUACUUUCAUUGUGUCCAGAUCCACGUGACCAUAUCAAAGUCGGCUCAGGAGAAACUGCGCCAGAAGCAGUUAAAGGAGAUAGAGCUUUUGCGCAAAGAAAGAGAAAAGGAAAGAGAGAGAGAGAAGGAAAGGCUGACAAAGUUUGAAGAGCAUCUACAGAAAACUGCUCGUGAAGGUAUGUGGCGACUUGAGAAAUAAAAGGAGCUCGUUAUGCAGAUUUCGUAUGCAUUUUGCAUCACCCUGAAUUUCAUUUGCCUUCAUUUAACGUGCCUUUCAGAGAUCAGAUGCACACUGUGUAAGUCAGGAGAAGAAGAAAAAGGUGACCUACAGGGUUGCUACCUUCCCCUGUCUAUGACAGCUGCCUGAAAAGCUAACAUCCCAGAGGCCCCCUUUGUGAGUGGAGGUUAUGGAGGAGCAUUCACAUGUCUGCUCAGGAGUAAGUCCCACUGAGUUCAGUGGGGCUUAUUCCCAGGGAAGUGUGGCUGUCUAGAUGUUAUUGGAAGACAUCUCCCAGAACCCCUGACUGGGAUGGCCGGGGUUGAUGGGCGUUUGACUCUAAGAACCUCUGGAGCAUCUAUUUUCUCCAUCCCUGGUGUAUAGAGUGGCAGUCAUGUGAGCCUCCUCUGUCUUCCACUGCAGCCUGCAGUGAUAUAGUCUACAUACAGACUUGCCUCCUCACCUCCUAUGUGAGAACUGGGCCAAUGCUGCAGCACCAGGUGAACUCUGAAAUGCUCCCACAACCUCGUUGUCUUUAUUGAACAUGACCCUUUUCUUAGGGAAAAGGUGAGAUGUGUCCUUGUGUACUUUGGUAGAUAUGAACAAUAUUGGAAUAAUGCACUUAUAAUGCUGACCAAUCUGUGACUUUGACACUUAUACAGUGUAUUUCAUCAACGAUUUCACUGCACUUCACAAAAGGUACACUUAAAAAGGGAGCUACCCUAGCAAUGGAGAGACUGUCUAAGAAGGUAGCCUGUAAUAAUAUUCUAGUUCCUGGACCAUGUUGAAUGGAGAUCUAUUCUCAUCACUAUGAAACGCACCCAUAUUUCAGUAUACCUGCAGCAAUUACAGUCAAGCAACGCAGAUGCUGUUCGCCAAAAUUUAUAAUUUUAUUAAAUAAACUAUAGCCCGGAGGAAAUUUUCAUGCGCAGGAAGCACUUAGCCAUACAGUAAGAAUUUCCCUGAUUUAAACACCCUCCACACCCUUGAGAUGUGAUGCUUUUCAGAUGAAAUAUCCAAGCUGUUACAAUAGGAGUGCAUAUUUAAGAUGGGGGAGGAGGAAGGUUUAUGGCAGAGCUCCCUAAGUGAUCUGAUUGCAACUGACAUGCAGUGAUUGUGCUGCAGUAUAAACUCCACAAAGGUCUGCAGCAGCAGCAGAGAAAGUGGCAGAGUCAGCACUCUGCCGGAACAAGGCUCUGGUGCAAGGUCACUUGCUCUUGCUCUUUACUGUGGGUGGGAGAUGGAGAAUUGUCAGCCGCAGAGAGCUGGGUGUAUGUGGUGGGGCUUUUCUUGCAUAUCGUUCUUCAAAGUCCCAGAGUGCCUACUAUUGCUACUGUUACAGCUGUAGGGACACGGGUGGUGCUGUGGUCUAAACCACUGAGCCUCUUGGGCUUGCUGAUCAGAAGGUUGGUGGUUCAAAUCCCCGCAACAGGGUGUCCCAGCUCCUGCCAACCUAGCAGUUUGAAAGCAUGCCUGUGCAAGUUGAUAAAUACGUACCACUGUGGCGGGAAGGUAAAUGGCUUUUCCGUGCACUCUGGCUUCUGUCCUGGUGUUCCAUUGAGACAGAAGCGGUUUAGUCAUGCUGGCCACAUGACCUGGAAAGCUGUCUGUGGACAAACACUGGCUCCCUCGGUCUGAAAGCGAGAUGAGCACCACAACCCCAUAGUUGCCUUUGACUGGACUUAACAGUCCAGGGGUCCUUGUACUAUUACUGCUACUACUUCUAUUAGUACUUGAGCUCCUUGGAGAAAAAGGUGGGUCAUAAAUGCAAUUACUAUUACUAUUAUUAUUUCUCCAAAUUCGCAGAGCACACUUCACCAUGUCAAUAUAAUUCCAAGGUGGUUUCAAGCAAUGCAUUGAAAUUAUUAUUUCUGUUCCAAACUUGUGGAGUGCCCUCCUUCUUAGAAGAAACAUAAUCCCCAUCAAGUGAUGUGUUGUGGUUUACAGAAAUACAUAAAAAUACUAUGAGGAAAUAAUAUAUACAAAUGUUAAAAACACUCAGUUAACAAAAAACAGAGCCACAGCAGGAGGCCAUGCAACCUCUUGUUGGGGAGGCACACAAAGAAGGGCAUCAGAUUAUGAUAGUUAACUCCAAAAGCCUGAAAGACUAAAAAAGUACCGUAUUUUUUGCUCUAUAAGACUCACUUUUUCCCUCCUAAAAAGUAAGGGGAAAUGUGUGUGCGUCUUAUGGAGCGAAUGCAGACUGCACAGCUAUCCCAGAAGCCAGAACAGCAAGAGGGAUUGCUGCUUUCACUGCACAGCGAUCCCUCUUGCUGUUCUGGCUUCUGAGAUUCAGAAUAUUUUUUUUCUUGUUUUCCCCCUUCAAAAACUAGGUGCGUCUUGUGGUCUGGUGCGUCUUAUAGAGUGAAAAAUACGGUACUUACUUGCUGGUGGAAACCAAUUGUAGCCUCCCCUGUCCAGGCUUUCAGGGGAAUGAAGUUUAAACAGUGGGCUCCAGCUUCUCAGGAUUUGCUUGGAGUCAUGCUGCUAUUCAUACUGCUACCAGGUAAGCCCACCAGGGGCUCACCACCAGAGAAGGUGACCCACCUGAGUACACAUUUUGCCUAGGCACCUCUCAAACCUGGAACUGGCCCUAUGUUUUUUUCAGCUGCUAGUUCCCUUCACUCUCUGCUGACUUCCCUGAAUUACUUUCUGCAGGUUCCGGGCCACUUAAAAGCAACGGAACCACCCCUGUUGGCCUCAGUCUGAGCAAUCCCUGCAGAGCUCCUGUUGGGACGUCCCUGAAGAAACGGGUGAACAGGCCCUCUCUGCCCAGCAUCCCCGUCAUCAACCAUGACAGUAGCUUCCUCAGGCAUGCUUCAGGUGAGGCACAAAACAGGCUAGCAACAAAUGCAGCUUUUAUGGUUGUCAACAGAAGUAUCAGGCACAAGCAAGGGCUCCCCCAUAACCACAAUGCAUACUGGAAAAAUAAAUGGGAAAAGAAACUUCUUGCUUCAAGUAUUAUUGGUAUAAUCUCAGCCAAGCUGGCAAUAUCACUUUCCCCUUUCACUGGCGUUUUUCAGAUCAUCUUUUCUUGAAACAUUUUUUUAAAAAAAUGAAUGUUGUAUUGAGUUUUUUCCAAUAUUACAUAAAACAGAAUAAAGAAACCACAAGCAACAAAUACAGGACUGGCCCGCUUGUGGAGGAUCAUGCCUUGAAACUUCUUGGGUAGCUCAGAAGAACUUGGUGUGUAAGAUUCCAACCGUGGACGAUAAAAUGAGGUGCAAAAUUAUAAAACAAUCCGUGUUGCUGAACCAACAUGCAUUGGUUCAUGUUGCAAAUAUGGAAAACCGACAGGUUGCCUUAGGAACUCCCUAUCUAUUACACUACUACAAAAAGCCAACAUCUUGAUUGCAGCCACUUUUCUAUUUGCACCCCCUCAUUGUUUGUGGCCCUUUCCUUUUGGGACUGUGUAAGGCAUGGCCGGAGAAAUUAUUUCAGCACGAGGGCCACAUUUGCUUCUGGGCUACCUUCCAAGGGCCACAAGAGAGUCUUCAGCAGGGCCAAAGUGAAUGCAAAAUUUGCCUUUGUACAGUGGACUGCUCCCCGUCUCUUCCAUUUUUCCCAUCUUCUACUGAGUCAUCUGGUACUAAAGAAAUAGCUACCCUCUAUUUAUUUACUUCUGGAGUUCUCCCUGCUUCUCCUGCCCUUUCAAGGUCCCUGUGCAAAUAGCAUACGACUCAGCAUUCUCCUCUGUCCAUAGAAAGCUUUAUAGUGAUUAUUAUUGUUUUGCUUCGGCCUGCUGCUGUAUCACCUUGUCUCGUGGAAUGGUUUAGAUUUUGCAGUCAAAGCAGGCUGCCAGGAUGAUUUGAUAUUAAUGCUAUGUCGGCACUUCAGUGGGUCCUCCUGGAAAGUUAUACCUCUCUAAAAACAGAUAUGGUAUUGUGUGGUAUAAUUGUUAGGCGAACAACAAGCCCAAAUGUGAGAUGCCUCUUCAGUGUUGCAGAUCAGCCAGAUGUCACCAAUAGGCCAUAGUGCAAAGGUGGGAUGGUGCAGAGUGGGCUUCCACUGCCUGGUGCACCUCUGCCCCCACCAGAGAAGCCACUCAUGGGACUCGGAGUAAAUGGGAUGUUCAGCCCAAUACACACUUCGGUGAAAACGGUCUGUUCUCACUGCAGUCCUUUCAAUGGAAUGCAAUUCAGAUAUGCAUUUACAACUCCAUGGGAACAGUAAAAUGAAAUAUGACUCCUUAUAACAACAACUUAUUUGUAGCGUUAAUUGUAAUUUCCUGACUGCCAGUGUUAAUUGCAUUUAUAUGCCUAGCUGUUGUUGCUUCAUACUUACAGCUAACUCCCUGCCAGCAAACCUCCAGGGUUCUCCGGAAUGGGAAGAGGACCUCGUAAAUAGAGAUGCCUUAGAAAUAAGACCCUUGUCUUACCCAGAGCAGGGGCUGGUCGAUGCUCUGAAGUGGCUCAAUAGCAACGAUUGGUAAGGAAAGAGAAAACUGUACCUUCCCCCUGUGCCUCAUGCCAUAAAGUUAGGCGAGUGGCCUUGUGGCUGCAUGAAGGCUACAGUAUAAAGUGAGAUUCAAAUUCACUUCCUCUGGUUUCCAGACAGCACACACUCCAUCUGUUUUUGUCUCAUUCCUUCCCUCCCACAAACCCACAGAGGAUACCAAAUUGAUGGUGGACUUUCACAAGCCCAGUUUGGGAAAACGGUGAGAUUGUUUCAAAAGGUUGUGGGCAAUGUCAAGGCAGCCCAAGUUGGGCCUCCCUUCCUAUUUUUUCACCCAGCCCCAUUAAGCCCCACACCCUGAAUUCAACUCCAUGGACGGUGUCCAGCUAAAAAGUUCUGCUAGGGAAACGAGGUGUAGCUGGAACUUCUCUGUCCUCCUUGUGCUGCCCCUAACCCUGUUCCAGGGUCUUCCCCAAUCCUUGGGAGCUGAUCUACGGGUCUCGCAGGGGACAUAUGGGGAGAGGAGAGGGCAGGGAAAUCCCAUUGGGCAGCUGAAAGUCCUUGCUGUUGUGGAACUGUUCAGUCAAAUACUGUCCCACGAGCUUCUUAUAGCUGACACCCCUGUGGAGUUGUCCUGCUUUGAGUGGCUUUCUCGACAGCAUGAAAUCUAUGUGUGAGACAAGAGCAAAGCCAGCGUUUAGCUCUUGAUUAGAAUUUGGCUGCCAAGCAGCCACUUCCACUGAAUAAACCUUUUUCAGAGACAGCUAACUGUAAUUUCCCCUGAUUUAUCUGUACAGUACAAUUUAGAGUACAGGACUUAGAAAACAUGACCAAAAAGCCUUUUAAGACUUGAGUCUGGAAUACGAUAAUAAGACCACAUCAUUAGCUGAUAAAAUAAGACUCAAUUGCCUCUGCUGUCAAGUUUUGGAGAGUGGCGUUAAGGGCAUUGUCAAGUUCAUUUAGAUACAAAAUAAACACCAAGGGGGCAAGAAUACAAUCUUGCCCAAGGCAGGUCCAAGAGAUGUUGCUGCCUGAGGCAGAGUAGCACUAGUAUUCCCACCUCAUACACAUUAAGCACAAGGGCAGGUAAGGUAUAUUGGCACCUGAGGAAGAAACUCCCCAAAGCACCUCUCCUACUUGCAGGCAGUAAGUAUCUAAUAAUAAUUAAAUAACAAUUAGUUGCCAUUUUGUGACACCCCAAAUCAGUUACCUCAGGUGGCUUCCCCACUUUGUCUAAUAGUAGCGCUGGCCAUGACCCUGCUUAACACCCCCAGACAUUGUAAUAAUGCCAGUGAGUUGCACAAUGUUACCACAUUUAAUUUGAAAUGUGUCAUUCCCAUAGAUAAUCCUACUUUUUAAAAUAUACAACUUGAUAAAAAGCCUUUCCUAACACACACCAUUAGUUUUCUAUGGAAAUAUAAAAGCUGUGCUUUCAAAAAGAUGUGGAAGAUUCAGUCUUCGUUGCCGCUGGACCUCACAGUUAACAUGAUUUUUUUCUUUUUCAUUGGAUAUAUCUGCCAACCAGGGACAACAAUUCACACGUCUCAUGAUGUGAGCCAUCGUCCACAAAGCUUAUGCUAUAAUCCAUCUGUUAGUCUUUAAGGUGCUAUGAUAUUGUUUCUUGUUGCUAAGAGUACAAACACAUCUACCUUUCUGGCAGCUGUUGCUCUGGAAUUUGUCACCUGUGCUCAUUUUUGUCGCCAGAUCACCUGCAGAUGGUGCUGUUAAUUCAGAAAGGCAGAGUUGUGAGGGAUUAUUGGCCUUAAAAAAAGGGGGGGGGGGACUCCACAAGCUUCACCUCUUGAGCCUCGCAAGAGAAAAACUUGCCAUGCAGGUUUCAGCCCUUUCCAAGGAUGGAGCCUAUGAUGUGGAACUAGUAAAUCAAUCACACUCUUUUAUUCAGCUUAAUUCAUAGGAGAUUCUGUCUAGCACACAGUGGAAUGUAUUUUCCCCCAACAGUAGUUUUAAAACCGUAGUGUAUAAGAGCUUCUGUUAAAAUUCAGCAUCUUUGCUUUUCUGUAUUCCCAAUGUGUGGCUUCUGUGACACAUCUCAUUUUCAGACUCUCUUACUGCAGUGAGAAAUCCUGUUUCUGCAAAAUGCCAGGCGAGACCAAUAAUUUCCCUUCUCUUCUCUCCCUCCAUCUUUCUGAUAAUUGCCUCUCAGGCAUCUGAAGGAGAAAGGACUCUUCAGCAUCCGAUGCUUGGCUACCUGCCAUUCAGAAGUUCUCCAGUGUAGACUUCAUGAUGUUUCCUUGGCAGCCACAAAGGAGGUGGGAAAUGUGCAUUUAACAUAUGUCCAAUCUAUCUUCUCUUGUGGCUUACCUGACACUUUCCAAUCUGUUUUUAUUUAGCCAAUGGGUCUCUGAGCAGCUUUUAUACCUGUCUAUACCUAUUGCUGCCCAAUAUGCUCCUUAUCUCUACUGGAAAAAUAAGCAAUUAAUAAGCUGUGUAUAACCUGCAUGGGGGAGGGGGGAAUUCAGCACAAAAUAAAUCCAUGCAAAUUAAUUAAAUUUGCAUGCAUUUACUCACUUUCCACAAAGCUGUCUGCUUCUGAAACUUAAGCUUUCAGUGACUUUUUACUCUGUUUUAGCAAGGAGAAUGGCAAUGGAGUGAAAGAAUAAAAGUUGAGUUAGUAUCCAUGGAAGAGCUGAGGUCCCACUUUCCUGUCCACUGGGAGCCUGGCCCACUGAGUCACUUUAGAAGCCAUCCUCGGAUGCUUAAUAGCUAUCGUGACCUAGAAGGUCACUUAAAAAAAAUUACUAAGUUUCUCUGGAUGUCUAGAGUGAAAGCCAGAUAACGCAACCUGUAGUUAGCAAUCUUCAGAGGCUUUUUUUCUGUCCACCCUGCACCAUACUUCUGUAGGGGUGCUUCCCCAUGGCUUUCUAUUAUCUGUUCAAUGCUGCUGAGGCAUGCAAGUUUUGUCCAGAAAACGUCAUCCUUAUCAAAACACUGUCCCAUAUUAUUUCCCCAUAUAAUUUACUGUUUCAAUGGAAAAUCCAAUAAGUAAAAACAAAAAAGCAAAACCAUCGAAACAGCAAAUCUGAAUUUCCAUAUUUUUCGCUCUAUAAGACGCACCCAGUUUUUAGAGGAGGAAAACAAGAAAGCAAUGCAGAGCUUCUUGAGCAAAGAGGCAGGAGCACUCUGGCUGCGCUCAAGAGGCUUUACGUGGCUAUCUCUGAAGCCAGGAGAGCAAGAGGGAUCGGUGCACACCGAUCCCUCUUGCUCUCCUGGCUUCAGCGAUAGCUGCGCAGCCUACAUUCGCUUCAUAAGACGCACACACAUUUCCCCUUACUUUUUGGGAGGGGAAAAGUGUGUCUUAUGGAGCGAAAAAUACGGUAAAUGGAGGAAAUAUAUGGGGUGGCCUUUUGAAGAGGACAGGCAUCAUGUGGACCUUCUGAGAAACUUGCAUACAUGAGCAAUGCACUGAUAAUGCCUCUUGUGUGUCUGGAUGGAGAAUAUAGAGAUGUGUAUGCAGAAACUAUCCUCCUAUUGUACAAAGGUAAAUUUUACAACCAUUGCUUCAAGUACUUUUGCCUCUGGCCCCUCACACUACCGUCGUGAGGCCUUUGGGAAGUUUUUCAGAAGGGAAUGCAGCCUUGGGCUGAAAAAGUUUCCUCAUUCCUGAGCUAUGGCCUCUGCAUCUGCAAAUACUUGGAUUCUGCCAUGGUUUUAUAUAAUAAAUAUAUUUUAUGUAUACAUGUAAGUGGCAAAUAUCUGUCUAAAAUAAAGGAACGAAGAAGAAAGAGAAAUGUACUUGGGUUCUUGUACUCAAAUACCCGUGAAGCAUGUCAGUUACUGAGGACCCAAAUGUGUAUACUCCACUUAAAGCAGUGAUUAGGAAAGGACUAGGGCCUUUCUGAUGUAUAUCGGAGGUGGAUUGAAAGAUACAGUUUAGUCAUAAAGUGGUACCUCAGGUUACAUAUGCUUCAGGUUAUAGACUCCGCUAACCGAGAAAUAGUGCUUCAAGUUAAUAACUUUGCUUCAGGAUGAGAACAGAAAUUGUGUGGUGGCGGCACAGCAGCAGUGGGAGACCCCGUUAGCUAAAGUGGUGCUUCAGGUUAAGAACAGUUUCAGGUUAAGAACGGACCUCCAGAACGAAUUAAGUACUUAACCUGAGGUACCACUGUAUAUGUAGCUUUCGUAUCUGACCUGAUGUACAUGCAUUUUGUACUUAGUUGUUGAAACCCAAAUUCAGCAUGUCUCACAGAAGAACCUGCAAGUCCAACCAUGUUGAUUCUGUCUCUUCUAUCAACUGCAUCUCUUUGUCUGAAAUGCUUCCUCUAUUUCCACCCAGAAAAAGGGGGAGAACAAAAGCUGAUCCGAGCUACCUACAUUUCCCCAAACCCAAAUACGUUAUGUGCUGGACUCUGUGAGGCAGCCAAUUCUUGGAUUCUAGGAAGCUUAUUUACCCAACGGCCGCGCUUAACAGCUUUGCUGUUUAUUUGAUCGCUUAAUGGAGAGGUUUUUAUUGUUCUCAUUUUAAACCCUUCUAAUAAAAAGCAGGAAGUAAAAGAAGCCACAGGGGCCAUUUCUACACUUGCUCAUUGUUUGAUCAGCCGACUGGGCUGUUAACAUAGCAAAGUUGGCAAGGCCAUUAAGCCUUCUGUCAUCUGCAGCAAAUAAUGGCUGGCCAUUUGUGUAAUUUGUGGUCUCUGGCUUCUCUCUGAAAUUAUCAUGGAUGUAGACUUGAUUCCUUGUUAAUGGGAAGGUUGGAGCAUCUUCAAACUUUAAUUAUCUGAAUGUGGGAUUCAGUUCUGUGGGAUUCAAACCCUCCCACUUUGCGAAACACAAGCAAAGUGUUGACAGCAGGGUGUCUGUUUAUACAUAGAAAGAAAAAUGGAUGGCUUACUUCCCUUCCAGAAAUCCCCCCUUUUUUCGUUUCAUAGUUUUAAAAAGUAAUAUAAGAAAUUAGGACUGAUAAAUAUUUACAGCUCUUUUCAGGCAUUGGCAGCUCACCCCCCAUCUGUUAGGACAUUCAGCUCCUGUUAAGUAUUUUGUGUGUAAAAGUGAGGAAAGCUGCCCAGAGUGGCUGGGGCAACCCAGUCAGAUGGGUGGGGUACAAAUAAUGAUUUUUUGUUGUUGUCUCUCAUGUGGAGCACAGCAGCAAAAAGUUCGUUAGUUGCUCAAACCACUGAGCAACUAUUUAUAUUAUUUUAUUUAUAUUAAGCAUUGAUGCAUGCAUAUGUUUUAAAUGAUGGUUAGGAGCUCCUGAUUUAGUACUCUCCUUCCUUAAGUUAGAUCUGCAGGUUGUGGUGCCCAUUCAGAUGGAGCCAUUAUCAAAACUGAAACAAUUCCAUGUUUCUCCUAUUCAUGAUAGGAAGGCAAUGCAGAUGUACACUGCGAGUGACUCAACUUGAUUGGCACAUCCUGGUUUAUUAUCCACACUUUGAUAAGAAGUGUGGCAUUUUGUGGAAAAUUACAAAUAAAUUGUCUUGCCUUUGGUUGGUGUGUCAGCAUUUGCAGCAGCAAACAGGAUCACAUGAAUGCGCAAACGUUUCAGCUUGUAAUGUUUCCAUUGCCAGGUUAGCAACCUCCGGUCAAAAGUAUCUCGGUUUGCUAUCGGGACCCUAGCUGACCUCUUCAAGGCCAUGAAGAAGCAUAUGGACCAAGAGGUUGAAGAGAUUUCUCGGGUCCUUCUCCAGAAGGCAGGCGAUUCUAGUGAAUUCAUCCAGAAAGCAGCUGAUCAAUGCUUGGGCGUCAUGGUGCAGAAUGUGACUCCCUCACGAGCGAUGACUGCCCUCAUGGCCAAUGGAGUGAAGUAUGUGAAGGGCCUUUUCUUCUGCAUGCUUGUACUUCCUCAGUUGUAUCUGGACCAAUUUCCCUCCCUCCAAUUUUCCUAGAUUUUUUUCUGGGCCCUCGCACCUCUUCUUCUUACGCAUGACUUGUUCUUUUGAAGUAGAGUAGGGCUGCAAUCACGCUGGAUAAUAAGGCACCAGGGUCAUGUCCCUGGGGGGUAAACUUUCAGGGGAUGCAUGGCAAUGAUGGGUGCGGUUGGAGUCCAAAAUGGGUGUGGUCACCCCAUGCGCUCCCCCUCCUCCUCUACAUCUUCUUCCUUGCCUAUGGUUUGCCAGAGCUGAGGCAAAACACUCUUGCCAGAGAUCUGAACUGGUGGCUUACAGAGGGCUGCUCCCCCUCCUUCAACCACUCCGUCUGUUUCAGCUGCCCCCUUUCCAUUUUCCUGCUCCCACCCUCCUUUUCCGCCCACAUGAAGUUAAGCCAAAUUUCACAUUCAGGUUUCCCACCCCUGCAAGCCAGUUUGCCAGUUAGGGUCAGAACUAGCUGGGUUGGGAUAUUUUGGCUGAGGCAAGCUGGGGUAGCUGCCAGGCGCCCAGGUCUUUUUUUCCACUUUGCAGUAUAAGAAAAGAAGAGGUCUCAUUCUUAGGACCACUGUGUUUGCAGCCACCGUAACCCCCUCAUCCGGAAAAGUGCGGCUGAACAUUUGCUGACCAUCGUGGAGCAGAUUGGGGCAGAGAAACUGCUCUCGGGUAACCGGGAGAGUACAGAGCUUCUAGUGCAGACGCUGGUCAAACUUGCUCAAGACUGCAAUCAAGACACAAGGUAAACUGCCAGGCAAACAGCUGAGAGUCUUUGAAUGCAUUUCAUUGCAAGCUGAAAUGGACCAGCCUUUCUCAACCUAUUGCCCUCCAAAUGUUUUGGCCUUCCAUUUCAAUCAGCCCCAGCUAGCAUGGCCAAUGGCCAGGUAUGGUGGGAGUGGUUUAUUUAUUCAGUCAUUCAUUCAUUUCAUGAAAUUCAUAUGCCACUCGAUUGUAAAAACAAAACCAACAACAGCAGCUACCCCAAAGAGGUUUGUGAAAAGAAUCUGAACCCUGAUCUCCCAGGUCUGAUCUAGUCCAAUACUCUCAUCGCUAGAGCACACUGGUACAUUGGUACAUACAUUCAUUUUUAUUAUGAAUGAGUGCUGGCAAUGAAAAGCGUUCUUGAUGUCUUGAAAUAUGGUAUACUUCCUUCAGAAUCUGUGGUGGUUCUAUUUUUCUGAAUUAUUUUGUGAUUUGUCUUUUGUAGAAAUUUAUAUUUUACUCAUUAAUUGUGUAUUUAAUUAUAUUAAUUGUGUGUGUGAAAUAAUAGUAACUAUAUUGUGAACGCUUUGAUUUACAAUAUGGAAAUUUAAUUCAGUGUGUGGCUCACGGGUUCUGUGUCAAAGUACUAUCAUGGCCCACUUGGCCUGAGAGGUUGGACCACCCUGAACCAGACCAAUGGCACUAUCUGAAACAGAGUCAAAAUUUUGCCAUCAAAUGUUCUUAAUUAACUUUUCCCUCCUUGUGCAAGAUUUUAUGGCCGGAAGAUGCUGAACAUCCUUAUGUCCCAUUCAAAAUUUGAUGGGUAUUUGAAGCAGUGUCUACCGUCACAUGACUUGCGUGAUGUCAUGGCUGCAAUUAAGCAGAAAGUGAGUAUGGAGGUGCACAGAAUGUGUUGGGAAGAUUUGGUGUUUUAUUUCCUCUUUCUCUCUCUGUUUUUGUUUUUAUUCAGAUUAUUAUUUUUUAUCUUACUAUAUUAUGAAAAAGCUUUAAUAAAAUUUUUUAUAAGAAAUAUUUGCACCGAAAGCGGAAUCAGAAGAUCAAAUAUAUUUCAUUCUUUGGUAAAUAAAAAUUAAGGGCUGGAUCCAAGGUCAAUCAUGUUCAGAGUAAGACGUAUGAAAUAUCUCAGACUUGUUAAGACCAGCAGCAAAGCUCUGCAGAAUGCCUCUCCUCUCAGCAAGUUGGCAAGAGGGGAGGCAUUCCACCACCCAGCUUUGCUACUGGGCGGGAAGGAAACUUUGGAAACUGAUACUCCUUCAAGAGAAGUGCUCCCCUCCCCACUGUAGUCUGGUGGGCUGGCAAGGCUUAACGAGGCCUUCUCUGAACCUCAUGCCCCUCUCCACUGUGGAGGUGGCAGGGGGUGUUUUGUCUCCAGUGCUGAAAUGUCCCAGGCCACCCCUGUGCACUCACAGCCUGCUUGCAGGCUUCCCACAGGCAUCCAAUUGGCUGCUGUGAGAAAACACGAUGCUGGACUAGAUAGGCCAUUGGCAUGAUCCAGCAAAGAUUUUCUUCUGAUCUUAAGCAUAUGUUUGUGCCCAUACAUCUCCUCUUCAAAUGUUACAGGAAAAGUUUGAAAAUACUGCAACUUGUCUAUGUGUAAUUUCACUCUUUGUUAAAAUGCCUAUAUUAGGGGUCACACAACUUCCCAAGCCCCCCUGAUUUUGAUGGCAGCCAUAGUGAAACGAAAGCAUAUUUAAAGCAGGCACAGUGUGGGGUGGAUUGCUCCCUCCCCAGUCAUUAGUUUGAUCGAGUGCAGAGGGGGCUAUAACCCUCCCAAGCCAGCUCCUUUCUAUGGAGAAGAAGAAGAAGAGUUUGGAUUUGAUAUCCCGCUUUAUCACUACCUGAAGGAGUCUCAAAGCAGCUAACAUUCUCCUUUCCCUUCCUCCCCCACAACAAACACUCUGUGAGGUGAGUGGGGCUGAGAGACUUCAGAGAAGUAUGACUAGCCCAAGGUCACCCAGCAGCUGCGUGUGGAGGAGCGGAGAUGCGAACCCAGUUCCCCAGAUUACGAGACUACCGCUCUUAACCACACUGGCUCUCUGGAGGGUGGGUGUGUGCCUGUGUGUUUGAAUAAGAGAGCGGGGCCAGAAACAACCACUGGGGCCACACUGACCGCCGGCAUGUAGUGCUUGGAGGGUUGACCAAAGGCCAGUGUGGCCUUUGACUCAAGAAAGCUUAACCACUCCUGGCCUAUGCAUUUCUCUAUGCAGGGAUUAGAAGACCAAUCUUCUCAAGCUCCUUCUGCCAAAAGCCACAGAGGGUCGAAGAGCAGCAGUCUGACAACCUCACUGGACAGCCUGCCUUCAGAGGAAAGGUAUGGAGCACCCCUUUGCUCUUCUAAACUACUCUGCAUGCUCAGAGCUGUUUUUCUUUUUGCUAUCUUUUAGCAUGAUAUGUUUUCGUGGGAUCCAUUGUAGUUUCCUCCAUUCAAUAAAAAUGUCUCCUGAAAAGGCCCUUGAUUGUGUUAUUGAAUGAAAUUACCAGAGGCAUGUGCUGCCCAUCCCCAUGAAUCCUAGCCCCUUGCUCUCUAAACCAUAGACAGGACCUUCCUGAUUUCCUCCACCUCAGCCUUCUUUCACUUUCCCCGCUUCCAUUUUUUUGCCAGUCAUCUUCCAGUUUGGCACAUCCGAUAACUUUACAGCCAAAGGGAAUUAUGUGGGUUCAGUAAGUUAAAACAUUUUGCUUCAGUGCACUAUACAUUUUGAAUUUCAAAAAUUGUGUUGGUGCUGAGUUAGGGAUUGAGGAAAAAUUCAUUUCAGCUUGCAUUCAAAAGUGAACCUGCCCAACUGGCCCUUCCCAAAACAACUGAAGAACUGAAACACAGCUGUCUUUCAGCGUAUGCAGUUAUUAAUGUUUUGCAGGACAGUUCUCCAACUGAGUAAUGUGUUACCAAAAAUGCAGAUACUAAAGUGUGCAUAACAUGCAUAUAUUCAAGAAAAUAACCUACAAAAAGCCAUUAAAUUAUGAAAAUUGUGUACAAAAAUAUAUAGCAGGCAAAACUGCAUAUAAAAGUGUGUGCAUUAGGAUAAAUUCACACUAAGACAUGUAUGAAUUUUCAUGAGGAUUCUUUUUAACAACCACAACCACAAACUGAUGUGGAAACGUGCAAGAACAGAAGCUAUGAUUGAAAAAAUGAGAAAAUGAGAAACAGACAAUUCCCCCACUCCUAGUCAUGAGAGCAAUGUAAUCGGGCAAUAUAAUUGAGUGCUGUCAUUUAAGUACUAUGAAUGCAUAACACAAUGAAUAAACCUUUGGUUCUCAAUACCAGCUCUGUCCCAGAUGUCCUAAGCAUCCCGCAGGUGGUGGCUCGCCGCUCGUCCCUUCGCAGCAUCGAAAUGAUGGAGCAGCUCAAGGAGCUGAACAAGAUGCUGGUGGCGAAGGAAUUCCAGAUGCGAAUGGAGGGAGUGGCGUUGCUAAUGGAGCACUGCAAGAACAACCCCCAGCUUGUGUCCUCAAAUAUCAUACAGGUACUUGGAUGCCAUACAUUUGGGUGCCAGGAGCCUAAUACAGGUGACCCAUUCGUUGAGAUUAGGUUGGGCCAUCUUAAUCCCGAUUCCCUACUCAGUUUAACUGAUGGGCGAACUAUGUAUUAUGUGAGAUACAUGGCUGUGCCUUUAAGCACAGAUUGGUAGUGUAAUGGGGGAAGGAGGUUUAAUCCUUGGCCCUACUGUGGUUGUGAUCCAGAUUUUGGAGGCUCUGUACCUGUAAGUACAAUAAAAGAGAUCCAAAUGGAAAGAUCCUCUCUCCCAAUUCAAAUUGCACAAUUUGGAUUAUGGCUACAGUGGGGAGUAAAGUUUCUGAGCCUCCCCCCUGUUGGGAAACUGUGUACGUGCAGCUACUCACACAGAGGCAAUUAAGGUUUGGCAGACAGCCAGAAGGUCAUGUGAAGGAGUAAGUCUGCCUGGUGAUAACAGAGACAUGGAGACAGCUCCCUGAUUGGUCAAGCUCUCUCAAGGGAGUGAUAAUUAAUGGCCUACUAACUGGAAUGUGUUAGUUCUGGAGUUCAGUGUUCAGAGUUCUGUGUGUCAGUGUAGGAGUUGUGAGUCGUGUAUGAGAGAGCUAGCUAAAGAUCCGUGUUCUGUUCCUGUAAAUAGUCCACUGUAUAUAAUAAACACCUAACUACAAGUUCCUGGUUCCUGCUUCGUCUAUCCUGUUUGCAGCCAAGUCGCCAAUUGCUUCUGUGGAUUCUGCGUUUACUCUGCUAGGUCUGGCUAAGGUCCUGCAACUAGUCAGAAAGUUGCAAAAAACCAAAUAGGUUUUGCCAUGCUAAUAUUCCAUUUUGAGUUACAGCCCCUUGCUAAGAUCCCAGUGUGGAUUGCUAGCGCUUAAAUGCACAACUACAUAGCUAAUAUAACAUAUAUUUUGCCCUUAUGUAAGGGCAAUGUUCAAUGUGCUGCUGUUUCUGAAGAACCUUCGUAGCAGUUGCUGCUUCUUGGCCUCCAUCUCUCUGUAAACUGUGGAAAGAAGAGAUCUUGGUUUGUUUACAGGUUGUAUACAGGAGUUAAAAACAAAACAAAACUGCUUACUUUCAAGAGGGCAGGGAGGUAACUAUAGAGCACCACAUCCUAUUAAUGACCCAAAGAAUCAAUCAAUCAGUCAGUCAGUCAGUCAGUCAGUCAGUCAAUGCCCUCCCUUAACUACAUGUUGCUGAUCCUGGCUUGAUUAUUCCUUCACCAUCAUAGAGCUAACUUUUGUAAAACUUCCUCAACAUAACGCAGUAAAUUAGACAAGGAUAUCUCCCUAUCUCAAACCAAAAUUAUCCCCAGUUUUUUAGUUUGGUUUGUUAGGAGCUAUCUCUCCACUAUGAGAAAUGGUAGUACGUACAAAAGGAGGUUCUGAUGGCUGUGAAGACACUAUAUUGAAAUGUUUUGCUUCCAUAUGUAGACUUGUAACUGACUCUGUUUCUCCACUUUUCUGUGCUAACAGCGCAGUAUGCUAUUUACAGUAGGAUUUACUUGUUCUUUUUUGUGUUAACAGAUCUUUGAUGCUUUUACUCCGAGACUUCAGGACUCGAACAAGAAAGUGAAUCAGUAUGCAUUAGAGUCAGUUGCUUCCAUGAUCCCAAUCCUCAAAGAUGGUUUAAAUCCAGUCCUGGUCUCUGUGGUGACUGUAGUCACUGACAACCUAAACUCAAAGAAUUCUGGGAUCUACAACGCUGCAGUGAAAGUGCUGGACAAAAUGAUUAUUCAUCUAGGUAUUUAUUAAUUUAUGUUUACCUUUCUAUCACACCUUUAUAUUGCUUCCCACCAGAGAUCAAGGCUGGACCCCAUAUGCCUCCAUAGAAGGCUCUCUUAUGAAGCUGCUUGUAGAGUAGACACUUCUAAAGCUAAAAUGAAACAUUUUAAAAUAGUUUUUAAGUGUUUUAAAAAUUAUCUGAGAUGAGGAGCAGCCAUUGCUUGUUUAUCUCAGAGUCCAAAUUGUGUAACUUGAUAUCUGAGUCUAUAAGCUGACCUCAUAGCUACAGCCUAAUUUGGUUUUUGGGGUUUUUUUUCUUUUCUUCAUCUGCCUUACCCAGAGUUAGCUCAAUAUAUUUUGCUGCCUGAGGAAGAAAUGGAAUUCUGUGUGCUGCCCCCUUUCAGGAUACAUUGUACCCAUGGCCAGCCAUGUUCCUUUGGCAUCUGAUGCAGAAAAUCCUACUCCUACAAGCAUUCCCCUUCUGAAGAGAAAAAAUAUAGUAACAAACUCACAGAGCAACUCUAAUGAAAGAAAACCGACAUAAUUUAUGACAGCUUAAGUUUAAUAUUUUAGCCCUUUUGUUUGUUUACUGCUUAUGGAGAGAUGUGCUGGUUUUUUUUUUUUUUUAAACUGUGCUACUUUGGUUCUACUUUUGUCUACACAGAGUAAACCUGUUUCUGGAGCUGUAAAUCUGCCACCUUUCCCCUGUGCUAAAUUCUUACAAGAAAAGAAAUGUUAUGCAUGUGGAAUGACGGCAGACUUGGAGCUGAAAUGAGAGAUGACCUUUCAGUGAGGGUCACCAGGGGAAAAUGUUGCGCUGCUGUCAGGGAAUAACGCCUCAUUAAAAGCUUGUCCAGUGUGAUUAAAGUGACUUGUCCUGGGUGAUCUGUACAGUGGUACCUCAGGUUAAGUACUUAAUUUGUUCCGGAGGUCCGUACUUAACCUGAAACUGUUCUUAACCUGAAGCACCACUUUAGCUAAUGGGGCCUCCUGCUGCUGCCGCACCGCCGGAGCACGAUUUCUGUUCUCAUCCUGAAGCAAAGUUCUUAACUUGAAGCGCUAUUUCUGGGUUAGCGGAGUCUGUAACUUGAAGCGUAUGUAACCUGAAGCGUAUGUAACCCGAGGUACCACUGUACUCAGUAGGAGCAGAUACAUUUGUGUAUUGCUCUUGGUACUAGGGUGUUCAGAAAAUAUUGAUUUCAAAUAGAAUUUGGGUGUUAUAAAAUUAGCUUUAUGUUGAAGGCUGGACCAACAUUUGCAUUACAACUGUGUCUAAGAUGCAAGGGUAAAUGCUAUAAUUUCAGAUUUCAGGUGUGGAUCCACAUUUUUCAUUGUUCACCGCAUUAAAAAUUUCAUGCAUGUAGAAAUUUAGGACAUCAAGGGGAGAGGUUCUGGUCCUGCCAUCUCCCUGCCAUGCUGGUUUUCUACUUGCAGGAAAUAUGUUGGAGAAUAUUAAGAAAUGUGAUGUUUCAGAUCUGCGGUUUGAACCUGAACAUUCUGCCACCACAAUCCCAUCUCAUUCUGCAGCAUGUGGAGAGAUACAGCCCAAAAAGAGUCCUGAACAUGCUUAUUAGAAGGCAGGACUAAAGCCAGGACAGAAGCAAAGUAUUGAACACUAUGUAACUUACUUCUGAGCAAACAUGUAUAGGCUUACAUAGUUAGGAGACUUUGACCUGGACCAAUGAGCAUGUUUGAAAGGUAGAAUCAAGUAGAACUAUGGGCUGGGAGCGUGGGAUGGGUUUAGAAGGUUAGAACAAACCAAUGGAAAACACUUGAGACACGUAGCUUGGGUUUCAGCAGCAUUUUCUAUCACAGCAGUUCUUCAUGUUAGCCUGCUAAACAUGGAUUGGCAUUUCUGGUGGCUUUCAGCAUGUUGAACCAGUCUUGUGAAUGCUCUGCAUGUGCUCAGAUUGUAAGUUGCCAUAUCCUGGAAGUCCUUUCCAAAGCAUGUUGGAUGUGGAGAAUGUUGAAAUCCAUGGAAAUAGUUGACUUCUAUGAAUAUUGUCAUGAAGCAGUUUUAUGUUAUAAAGGUAAAGGGACCCCUGGCCAUUAGGUCCAGUUGCGGACGACUCUGGGGUUGUGGUGCUCAUCUUGCUCAGGUAAAAGGUAAAGGUAAAGGUACCCCUGCCCGUACGGGCCAGUCGUGUCCGAAUCUAGGGUUGUGCGCCCAUCUCACUUAAGAGGCCGGGGGCCAGCGCUGUCCGGAGACACUUCCGGGUCACGUGGCCAGCGUGACGAAGCUGCUCUGGCGAGCCGGCACCAGCGCAGCACACGGAAACGCCGUUUACCUUCCCGCUAUAAAGCGGUACCUAUUUAUCUACUUGCACUUAGGGUGCUUUCGAACUGCUAGGUGGGCAGGAGCUAGGACCGAAAGACGGGAGCUCACCCCGCCGCGGGGAUUCGAACCGCCGACCAUGCGAUCGGCAAGCCCUAGGUGCUGAGGUUUUACCCACAGCGCCACCCGUGUCCCAUCUUGCUCAACUUGGUAUCAAAUCCAAUUUCUAACAAAUGUACAGCUGAGAACACUUAGCGUCAGAGGCAUAAAUUAAUAAAAAUUAAAAAAAUAAAAAAAAUAAAAAAAUAAAAAAAAUAAAAAAUAAUAAAAAUAAUAAAAAUAAAAAUAAUUUUUUAUUUAUACCCCGCCCUCCCCAGCCAAAGCUGGGCUCAGUGCGGCUAACAACCAAUAAUAAAACAAGUUGAAUGAAUACAACUUAAAAACAAGAUUAAAAUACAACAUUAAAACAUUAAAAUGCAGCCUCAUUACAGGAGGAGAAAGGAAAAAAGAAAGAGGGGGAGGGAAUCAAAUUGUCUCCAAGCCAAAGGCCAGGUGGAACAACUCUGUCUUACAGGCCCUGCGGAAAGAAAUCAGAUCCUGCAGGGCCCUGGUCUCAUGAGACAGAGCGUUCCACUAGGCUGGAGCCAGUGUUGAAAAGCCCUGGCUCUGGUUGAGGCUAAUCUAACUUCCUUAGGACCCGGGACCUCUAGGGUGUUGAUAUUUAUGGACCUUAAGGUCCUCCGUGGGGCAUACCAGGAGAGGCGGUCCCGUAGGUACGACAGUCCUAGGCCGUGAAGUGACCACUUGUCACUUCAAGUAUGAGCAUGAAAUGAAUGAAUGAAUGAAUGAAUGAAUGAAUGAAUAGGGAUAUCAAUUGUUCAUAGGAAGGUCACAUUAUGAGAUUUGUUUACUAAGCCCCAGCAUCUGGUGAAAAAUAUAGUGUACUAGGGUGAUCAUAGCACCUGGUCACACGAUAAAGCUAGUUUCUAUCAGUUUCCCACAUUCUUCCACAUACCCUUUGGUAAUUGUACAAAUGGACUUCUCCUGGUAAAAAGUCAUGUGUCUCCAUCCCCCAAAGUAUUUUGUUCUUGUAACUAUCUGGACAUCCUAGUGAGUUAUUUUGCUCUUGAAGUGGGGAUAGUCCCACAAAUAAGCUUCUUCUGCGCAGGUUCCAUGGGAAGCCUUAAGUUAUGAGUCUCAGCUAGCUCCUUCUCCUGUCUGUAGUCCAUAAAUAUUCCCAGGCUGCACUCUUCUUUUGCAAAGGAAAUUUAUGGUUUGCUGAGUUCAUUUCUGAAGAACAAACAAGCAUAAAUCCAGGUCUAAAUGACGGCUUGUUCCAAACGUUGUUCUCCGUAGGCUGAAAUUGCUGUUGCCAAUAACUACACAACCAAGGACUGCUAUAAAUCCCAGGCCACGUGGAUUUAUGUUGGCAGUGGAAAUGCAGUGUUGGGUGGGUAGGCAAGACAUACUAUAGGGUGAUCAAGAGUCAGGACUGAAGUUGGAGCUAGCAUACAUGUUUCCUAGUCGGUUUGCUAAUUUUCUUAUAGGACAGAUUUUCUAAGGACAGAUUGUGCGUGUGUGAAGGAGAAUGGCCACUGUGUUUGAGGUCAGAAAUGAAUUUGAUCCAUGUUCUGAUUUCUUGGAGACGGUGGAGCAUAUGGGCAGUCAUCUAGACUCUUGAAUUCUUUGCGUCCAGUCCAGACAAAGACAGUUCCAACCAACAGUCAGAGGCAAUAUGCUUUUGAAUACCAGUACAAGUGGAGAGGGUGCUGUUGCACUCAGGAUCUGCUUGUGGCCAUCCCAUGGCCAUCAGGUUGGUCAGUGUUAAAACAGGAUGCUGGACUAGAUAGACCUUUGGGCUCCUCUUACAUUCUUACGUUAUGUUCUUAAUUUCCACAGAAAUUAAAAGGAUUUAAGUGCAACAUGUGUUGUCUUCACACAUUACUCAUGGGGAGAAGGUUAAAAUGGUGACAGUGGCUAUGGGGGCCAAGCACUCCAAAGCCACACUGUUCCUCCUGCCCUUCCUGUGUUCAUCAUGACUUGUGUAGUGAGGAGCCUUCCUUAACUUGAGGAGGCUCCCUGUGCAACUUAGAAAACGGAGUUCCCAAGGAUUGGUUUUGGGACGUGUGCUUUUUAAUUUGUUCAUCAUACAUCUAGAGCUAGUGGUGAGCAGUGAAGGUGGCCAUGUUUGCUGAUGAUACCAAAAUGUUCUGGAAACCCAAAGCCAAAAAAAGAUUGUGAAGAGUGACAAAAGGACCUCUCCAAACUAAGUGAAAGGGCAAUAAAAUGGCAAAUGCAAUUCAGCGUAAAUAAGUGUAAAAUGAUGCAUGUCAGGGCAAAAUAAUAAUAAUAAUAAUAAUAAUAAUAAUAAUAAUAAUAAUUUCACCAUGGAACUGUAGCAGAUAGCUUGAUAUUGAUGGUUGAACCAGUGUGCAGCAGUUGUGAAAAAGGCAAAUUCCAUGUUUGGGAUGAUUAGGAAAGGAAGUGAAAAAAAGAACUGCUAGUAUCAUAACAAACAAAACUGUGGUACAACCACAUUUGGAAUUCUGUAUACCAUUCUGGUCACCUCACUUUAAAAAAAGAUACAGUGGUACCUCGGGUUAAGUACUUAAUUCGUUCCGGAGGUCCGUUCUUAACCUGAAACUGUUCUUAACCUGAAGCACCACUUUAGCUAAUGGGGCCUCCUGCUGCUGCCGAGCCGCCAGAGCACGAUUUCUGUUCUCAUCCUGAAGCAAAGUUCUUAACCCGAGGUAAUAUUUCUGGGUUAGUGGAGUCUGUAACCUGAAGCGUAUGUAACCUGAAGCAUAUGUAAUCCGAGGUACUACUGUAUUGUGAAAUUGGAAAAGUUCAGAAAAGGACAACCAGAAUAAUCAAGAGUAGAUCAACUUCCCUAUGUAGAAAGGUUGCAGAGUUGGGGGCUUUUUUGUUUAGAGAAAAUAAAGUAAGAGGUGACAUAAAUUUAUAAAAUUAUGCCUAGAUGGAGAAAAUGGAUAAAGUUCUUCUCCCUGCCUCACAACACACCAGAGCAUAUUGAUAGCCAAUGAAGCUGAACGCUGGAAGAUUUAGGACAGAGAAAAGGAAGUACUUUUCCAAACAGUGAAUAGUUAAACUGUGAAAUUCGCUCCCACAUGAGGCAGUGAUGGCCACCAAGUUGGCUGGCUUUAGAAGAGGAACAGACAGAUUCAUGGAGGAAUAAGGCUAUAUGAGUGGCUACUAACCUUGAUGGAUGUGUUCUGCCUCCACAACUGGAGGUAGCAAGCUUCUGAAUACCAGUUGCUGUAAACCGCAGGAGGGGAGGGUGUGGUUGCGCUCAGGUCCUUCUUGUGGGCUUCCCAUAGGCAUAUGGUUGGCCAAUGUGAGAACAGGAUGCCGGUCUAGACGAGUCACUUGCGUGAUCCAGUAGGCUGUUCUUAAGACAGCUGCUUCAGAAAAGUUGCAGUUCCUGGAAACUCAGCUGACAUAAGAUAGAAGGAUGUCUCAUACUGUCUCAUACGGAGGUCCACUUAGAGCGGUAUGGCUUAUUCAUUUCUGACCGUCGUCAUCGGCUGUGAAGGUAACAGACAGAACGUAUUUACCUGCGUCUUAAUCAGAAUCACCAGAUUUUAAAGCUGGGACCUUAAACAUGCAAAUCAUGUGCAAUGCCAUUGAGUUCUGGCUCAUCCUCUCUAGAAUGCCAUCUUAAUUUCUGCAUGUGUCUGUCAAAAUCAGUGAACAAGGACAUACAUAGUGACAUGCAUUUAUUGUGCUGCCUCUAGAUUAUGAAUCUCCCUUCCCCCAGGCAGUCACUUUUACAGUUAUCUUUUGGAAGCAGUGUAAAGUAUUUCUAUUUGGACUAGCUUUUAACAGCCAGGGUGAUGCUUUUAGCACAUUUUAUAAUGUGUUUCCUUUUGCUUGGUGUUGAUAUUAUUAUUAUUAUUAUUAUUAUUAUGCAAUUCUUGAAUAUAUAGUUGUCCACUUGUCCAUUUUAAUUUGCAAUCCACUUUUAGCUCAGUGAUGAGUAUGAUGGAGUUUUAAAUAAAUACAAAAAGAAUGUGGAAAGUUUUUGGUUUGUUUUUUUUCAAAAAGAGUUUACCCCCCAGGUCCCUUAAACAUUUGCCCCUUCACAAUUCAUAGCAGUCAAGAAUCAACUGGAAAAAAGCAAAGCUAAGAAAACAGAAAACAGAAAACAGAAAACAGAAAAUCAAUUUUUUGUUUGACACUCUCUGUUUUCUGAUGGUGAUGAUGUGUGCGCGGAGCCAGACAACAUUGUUAUUUCAGUGAUGAAUGAAAAGAAUAGUUGCUGGCUUCAGCGGGAUGAAAAAGUGCUUUGAAAUGCUAAUAUAAGAAAUAGAAGAGAUGUGCAAAGUAUUCAUUAUUGAUGAUCAUUCACUUAUUAGUACAGUAUCCAUAAAGACUUUACUUCACCUUUAAAACUGCCUUUGAAAUUCAUUUUAAACCAAGCACAAUACAUGUGUACUCCCCCUUUUCCCUUUGUCGUUCUGAAAAGAGAACCAACAUGUGAUUGAAAGGUGUUUAACCAGAUCUAUUUUCAGUAGAGGCAAAGAAAAGGGAUGUGCUGUAGGGAAGCAAUGCUUACCUUUACCUGCACCUAGGGAUGGGAUAGAAAUUUGAUUCAAUUCACACUUAAAGGCGAAUCUACCCAAUUCACAAUUCCUGAAGCAAUAAAACAAACUGAAACACAUCUAGUUUGGGAGAUCUGCUCAUCUCGGGAUUUUGCAGUGCAGUUCUACAAGCAAGUCAUGUGUACAGUUAUGCAUAUACUAGGGUAAAGUGUACAUAAAAAUGCAUAUAAGUGAAAAUAGCAUAUCUUAGGGAAAGCUGCAUACAAAAAUGUGUUAGGAAAAAUCCACACUAAACUGCUAGUGAAUUUUCAUGAGGACUUUAAAAAUAAAAUGGGGGAAAGGUGGAGAACCGGAUUUGAGAUUGAAAAAAUGAGAAUUUGAGAGAUCCGCUUUUCUCUAGAUACAGAUAACUUUCUGUCUCUUUCUGAAGGCAGCCCUGUAUAGGGAAUAUUUCAGUGUUUGAUGAAUCUUUUAUAUUUGUUUGAAGCUACAUGGAGUAGCUGGGGCAACCCAGUCAGAUGGGGGCGGGGGAGAAAUAUUAAAGUUGUUGUUGUUUAUUUUCUUGGUUUAUAACAAUGUCCAAACAAUGUGUUUCUGUCCCUUUCAGAUAAUCUUCUUCUGCUUCAAACAUUUGCCAGCAGGGUGCGCUUCACCAGUGGUCGAGCUCUGCAGGGGAUCACAGACCACCUGUCAGGUAACAAAUGACUUCACUAAACUGCAGUACACAUGGCAAUGAACAAACCAAUAGCUUGUAUAACAGCAGGAGGCAAAGGGCUUCUUUCUUCACAGCACAAUUUCUUUUAUUGUCGUUUACACCUUUUUGAAGUGGAAGUGAGGGCUGCUUCUUGUCUUGUCUUUAGAGUGUAUGUAUGUAUGUGUAUAUAUAUAUAUCUCACUAUACAGUUUACUGUUACAUAUGAAGCAGAAAACUGGUUUAAUCAUAAACUACCAACAAGGAUAUCAAAUAACAAUUUGUUUGCAAAGCCACAUUAAACCACAGUUUCCUAGUUCAACUGUAAUGAGAAACUGGUUUAACAAACUGGAAGUUUUCUAUUGUGGGUUAUGAGAGAGGUAAAAGGCAAAGGUAAAGGACCCAUGGACAGUUAAGUCCAGUCAGAGGUGACUAUGGGGUGCAGGACUCAUCUUGCUUCAGGUCGAGGGAGCCAGUGUUUGUCCACAGACAGCUUUCUGGGUCAUGUGGCCAGCAUGACUAAACUGCUUCUGGUGCAACAGGACAGCGUGACGAGUGCCAGAGCGCAUGGAAAUGCCUUUUACCUUCCUGCCACAGUGAUACCUAUUUAUCUACUUGUACUGGCAUGCUUUCAAACUGCUAGGUUGGCAGGAGCUGGGAGAGAGCAAAGGGAGUUCACUCUGUUGCACGGAUUUGAACCACUGACCUUCUGAUCUACAAGCGCAAGAGGCUCAGUGGGUACCUUCAUCCUCAGUCAAACAAACCAUUGUUUAUUAGUUUCUUACAUUCAAACUGAGUCACUUUUAUGCACACACAUGAGAGAAUAAUCAUUUCAGAAAGCACACCUGUGCCUUUUAAAUGUAAACUACAAAGCCACUUGCCACAGCAGCAGAAAUUGUGACCACAUUCCCAAUGAAUUUCUGAUACUAGACCUGAGAUCAGACUUUUUGUAUCGUGACCCCACAGAACAGACUCAAGCGCCCAGACAUGAAAGCAGCUCUCCUAAUAUCAAAGGUUUCAGUAAAUUUUCCAUCAGACAUUUUGAUUUUUCCAAUCAACCUUUGACUCCAAAACUUGUUAAAUCAUUCUUUGUGAGCCCCUGACCACAUGGCAGGACUCAUAGAGCGCUUGUCGCUUCCUCAUCAGAUAUCACCCAAAGGUCAUUGGUGUCACAGGAGUUUGACCCAUCAUGUACCCGUUAAGAGUUGCAGUCUGGGAAUUUGAUAUGGCCAUUUUAGACAGCUCAAUACACGAAAUAAAUAACCAAGCCAUCUAUCAUGGCAUAGGUCACUAAAACCCAACAGCGUUCUAGAGCUAUAUAUUUCCUGAGGAAAUGUAGCAUCAAAGUCUCUGGUUUCUAAGAAUGAUGGUCACUUAAGACCAGGAGCUCUUCCAUUUAGUAACAUUUACCUAAUGAGAAAAGUCAUCUAUUCUAUCUAUCAUUUUCUGUACUCUGCUUCCAGAGACUAUAGCCAAAUGCAUUUUUUAUACAGUAAAAAUGAACGGUAGUGGAAAAAUUGAAGAGUUAUCAGGUAUUGGGGUGUAGGAUGUAUGUGUUUAUGCUUACCUUAUUAAUUGUGAGAGGUGGAAAAAGCAUAAUAAGAGUAGCACAAUUCUCCAUGCACACAGGUCAGUAAGGAAUGCCCAUGGGCCUAUGAAAUAUUCUGGGGUCUCCUGAGUGUCCCAGGAAGUGUUGCUGGGGUAGAAACCUGCAUGUAGACAGCCUGGUGCUAUCAGAAGGUGCAACCCCCUGACCUUCACUUCUGAAAAAUUAUUCUAAGUUUUCCUACCCCUGCCCUCUGGUGGGACAUCUUUUAUUUACCACCACCCCUCUCAAAUGGCCAAAAAUAGUUCUGACAAAAGGUUCACCCCUGCCCUAAUUCCUUGCACAAGAUGGCUAUGCUUCUUGGAUAACUAAAACAACACUGGGACUGAGGCUCUGUGUAUGUUUAGGACAGUUUUCAGUGGGUAUCUGCAGAGCCAGCAUCAAACGUCAGCAUGAUUGAGCAUUGGCCCAAGGGGUCCCACUAACAAAAGCCCCCUGGACCCCCACUGAAAGAGGUGGCUCAUGGAGGGUAUCUUGCCCAAGGGCCCUCCAAAACCCAGAACCAAUUUGGGACAUGUGUGAUGGAUUCCUUUGCAUGAGACACAGAUUCUUCUUCUUAACAAACUUUUGCAUCCUGAUUGUGUGACUAUGUUCAAAGAAGUGAGCAACUCGUUAUCUUUCUUCUGCAUUGCAGUUCUUGUGGCUUUUGCUUAUCCACGGAAACCCCAGGCUGUGGAGCGUCACGUCCUUCCCAUUCUCUGGUAUUUCCUGAGCAACAUGAUUGGCAAUGGUGUGCUACCUGGAAAGAGUGGAAACGUCAGAGCAGUGGUCUCCAAACUUGCUAAGAGCCUGCACAAGCAAAUGGGACCCAAGCUUGAGGAGUGUGCCUCCAGCCAACCACAAAACGUGAUCAGAAUCCUCCAGGACCUCCUAGAUACGAAACUCCCAUGAAGGAGACACAGUACCAUCUCUGGGACAAUCUACUGUUUGCCACUUCAAGAGAGAUCAGAAAAAGAAGUUGCAGACAAUGAUACAGUGCUUGCCAUUAUUUAUGUUAUUUUUGAAUAUAAUAACUAACUAUGAAGAGUUUAUAGUAAUAUUCCACUAUGGAAAGUGUAUAUAA